CUAUGCUGAGUUAAGCAACCUUUUUUAAGAGCACCUGACAAAAGAGCAAAGUAAUUUCCUCAUUUUGUCACCAGCGUGCUUACACAAGUCAUGGCAUUCCUGUGACAGAGUACAUUUCCUCGCACUCAUGUGAUAAAGCUAGACGGUGUCCUGAGUGUCAAAGCCCUGUAAUUGUUCCUCUUCUAGUUUUAAGAUUUAAGCUGAACGUUUCUGCAGAUCUUUUCAUUUCAUAGCUCCUUAGCUGCACAGGCUGAAGCAUGGCUCGACUGGUGUACAUAUGUGCUGCUCUGCUCUUCUCUGGUGAGUGUCAUGUCAUGUAUACAAUGUAUCUAUGCCAAUGGGAUGGUAUUGUCCUCCUAGGCAUACUGUCUGUCUGUGAAGGGGAUUUGUGUUUUCAUUGUUUUGUAAAUCUCCACCCUGCUACCUUUCACAACUAUUUUAUUAAUCUCUACAGUUGUCUGGGUAUAAAGUCACAAAGUUCCUCAGUAUCCUCAAUCACAAUACAGGAACCUGACAAAGACACAGAACAGAAGGUUAUGCUAGUGGUUCCAUACCCCUUACUAAAGCACAGUAUAGGUACAGGUUUUAUCAGUAUCCCCAUUGGAUAAGAAUAGACAAAAGUCUAAAUAGUAGACUGCUGGUGUGUUUUAAGCUCUGGGUGCGAAAUCACUGCUGUAUGCCAUUAUUUGCUGUGCUUUCUUAAACCAAAGAAGCACAGUUCGUGAAUGGAGAGUUUGUCUCUUUAAGCUCAGGCUAGUUAAUCUUCAUCUGCAGCAAUAUUUUGUACUUUCUUAACUUUUACUGGCUAUACUGUAAACCUUUCACUUAACAAAUCGUUGCAGUACAUUAAAUUACUCUGGAAAAAUACAGAGUAGCUAAACCGGUUUAAUCUGAGUAUUGUAUUAAUUGUUCUUUUUGUUGUGACAGAGCAUUUCUCUCUGCCGUGCACAAAAACAAAGCGCUCUGAAGUUAAACACCUAUUCACAUUAUGCCAGCAAGGAAAAAACAAUCAUACUUGUUAACCUUUAAAACAGACGCACUGAGCUUUAAUCACUAAGCAGUAAAACUUGAGUCAAAAUAGCCAAGAUUGAGAAAAGUUCAGUUCUCUUUUCUCUAAAUCAGGAAUUCCAGACCAAAAUAGUCAAUUUGGCAUUAUUCUCCAACUCGGCUAAUUAUCUAUAAAAUAGACUAUUUUGGGUAACAUUUCCAUUACCUUUGUCAAUGCCCCGCAAUUCCCAGUUUAAUGAAUAAGUUCAACAGUCCGUUUCUCAAGCUGACAGGUAAAUGAUUGUCAAUAACAAAGCAUAUUUGAUCUUUAACACAUAAUGAAUGUGUUUUUAUUUUAUACACACUAUAUGUGUGACUUGAAAGUUGAAUGAUAAUUAAUAGAAUGGAGACAAAGCAAUGUCAGACACUAGAUUGCUCUUCUCAAGACAUAAACAGGUGAAGAUCAAAAUGUUCCAUUGCAUUCUGUGAAGACUCAUGUUCAAGGUGGGGAAUAGACACCUUUAUACCAAACCUGCUCCUUAAAGUUUAUCUCCCUGUGAAUACACAGGCAGCCAUACUUACAUCUUAGGUCACAGUCUUGUGGCAUUCACCAAUGAGUACAGGGGAGGGCUGGCAACCCUUGGUCUGAGGGGCAAGUACAAAUAAAUAGCCUUUUAUUUUUUAGCACGAAACUCACAGAUAUCAGUAAGAGUUCUGCAAGCCUAAGAAACACAAGGGUUAUUUGCUAAAAUGAGAAGUGUCAGGAAUGCAAAGCAAAUUUUAAAUUUAAGGUCAAAGUUAAAUCUGUUUCAGUUUUCAGUCAUUUAUAAAUGUCUCAUAGUCAGGCAGCUUGGUCUACCACACUAUAGUCACCAUAACAACUUUAGCUUUAUGAAGCAGUUUUCAUGUAUAGGUCAUGUCAUUGCAGUCUUACUAUUCACUUCUCUGCCAUUUAGGAGUUAAAUCACUUUGUGUAUGCAACCCUUGUCACACCUCCCUGCAUGUGACUUUGCACAGUUUUCUUAAAUACUUCCUGUAAAGACACAUCUAAUGUUUAAACUAACUUUUUUGUCUCUUUAAUUUAGAAUUUCUUAUCUCUGUCUCUGUUAAUAGCCUUCUAGGACCUGCCGGAGCCUCCUGUGUGUGAUUAAAGUUCAAUUUACAGAGCAGGAAAUUAUUAUUAUAAUUAUUAUUUUAUUAUUUAUAUAGUGCCAGCAAAUUCCGUAGCACUGGGAGAUAAAAACCUCUCAUGUAAGUUAACAUCUGAUUGAAAAUGAAACUUUUUUUCAUGCAGGCUGUGUGAGUCACAGACAGGGGAGGUGUGGCUGGAGCUGCGUGCACAGAAAAAAAAUGAUUGAAGUACUAAAUGGCAGAUAAUUCAGCAGUCAGACGGCAGGGGCAUGGUAUAUACACUAAAUCUGCUUCAUUAAUCUAAAUUAUUUUGAUGCCUACAGUGUCCUUUUAAUAUAUGAUGCUGAAGUUACAAUGCACUUUCAAAUCAUUAUCUGUGGGUAUGCAGAUUUAAAUUUUGGGUCAAAUAUAUGGAUUUUUCCAGAAAUAUGCAACGUGGAGGCACAUUGAAACUUGACGUUUUAAAUUUCCUCUUUCUUAGGUUUUUGGUUCAAUUUUCCUUUAAGUUGGUCUAAUCUGCAAUACUUGUUUUUACGAUAAUGGUGAAAUACACGAACCGUGACUUGUUCAAAUUACAUCUGUGUGGGUUUGUCAGUUGGCAAACAUCACAGUCUGACUGUAAAUUCAUUCACAGAAAGGGAAAUGAAACCUUUAAAGCAGUAACAACUCAUUAGACCCUGGAAGACCCAGUGAAAGAAAUUAUAGGACUUGGAAAAUUGGCUGUCAGCGUUUAACCCCUUUAGGACCAAACUUCUGGAAUAAAAGGGAAUCAUGACAUGUCACACAUGUCAUGUGUCCUUAAAGGACCACUAUAGUGCCAGGAAAACAUACUCGUUUUCCUGGCACUAUAGUGCCCUGAGAGUGCCCCCACCCUCAGGGUCCCCCUCCCGCCGGGCUCUGGAGAGAGGAAGGGGUUAAACACUUACCUUUCUCCAGCGCCGGGCGGGGAGCUGUACUCCUCCUCUCCUCCUUGCUCGCGACGUCAUCGGCUGAAUGCGCAUGCGCUGCAGGAGCCGCGCGCGCAUUCAGCCGGUCGCAUAGGAAAGCAUUUACAAUGCUUUCCUAUGGACGCUUGUGUGCUCUCACUGUGAUUUUCACAGUGAGAAGCACGCAAGCGCCUCUAGCGGCUGUCAAUGAGACAGCCACUAGAGGCUCUGGAGGCUGGAUUAACCCUCAGUAUAAACAUAGCAUAUGUUUAUUAAAAAAAAAGGGUUAAUCCUAGAGGGGCCUGGCACCCAGACCACUUCAUAAAGCUGAAGUGGUCUGGGUGCCUAGAGUGGUCCUUUAAGGGGUUAAACACAUUACACUGUUUCAUUUAUCUGAAAUUCACUGUCCUUUAAACAAAAGACAAAAAUAACAAAACAUAUUCUGUUGUUACCGUCCUUGUUCGAUUUUUCUUUUUAAUGUAUUUAUAAUAGUAUUACAAUUAUUGUUAAUGUUUCAUAUGGUGACCAUUACCUGCUAGUAUUCAGGAUUCAGCUAUUCUUAUAGGGGUAUUUAAUGGAUUAAUCGGUUUAUGAAUUUAUCUCACUUGAAGAAUUUGUGUGCAAUUCUUUUACAUAUAAGCUGUUAAUAAAUAGGUUUAUUUGCAGUUUUCAUUGUAAUUAAAAAUAUUUUUAACUGGCAAAGAUGUAACCAAACCUAUAAUGAAAUUCAAACUCAUAAGCAAAUUAUUCUAUCAAAUUUAAACUUAAUGAAUAACAGGACUAGAGUUUCACUUAACCCCUCGUUAUUGUACACAAAUUAGACAAUUUGGCUACAAAUUCUUAUAUUUGUAAAGGAUCCUUUAGCUCUUCAUGUGACUGGUAAUUGGGUGACCUGAUGUCCAGAACAGUCUCCACUACCCAAAUUAAAAAAACAAAUCAAUGAUGCACUUUUUCAUUGGGGUCUUUUGCCUACAGCCUUCGCAAGACAUGUUAUCUUGGCAAUUGCCUGUCUCUUGAGUUUAAACAAACCUGGAGGUAACAGGACUGGUUGUCUGAUUGAUAGCCAGGGGUUAGUUACAAAGUUAAUUUAUGAAACUAACAGUUUCUAUUGAGAUUUUCACAUAGAGGACACAUUCUUUACACAUAAAACACUUCAGCAAGCUAAACUGCUUUAGGUGUGUGGAGUGUUUCUUUAAAAAGCAUUUAGUGAACUCCAAUUGUGGACAUUGUGAAAUUAGAAGAUUCUAUCUAAUGUAUACACUAAAGCAGGGGUGCACAGAAGGUAGAUCCCCAGAUGUUUUAAAUCCAUGAUACUUUGCUAUUCCAAAGCAUUCUAAAGACAUGCAAAGCCUCAUGAGAUUUGUAGUUCUACAACCUCUGUGGAUCUACCUUUUGGGCACCCCUACAUUAAAGGAAGACUCCUAACACCUAAAGGACUUUAUUGUUUUCCUCUUUUUUUAGUUUAUAAAUACUGCAGAUUUCAAUAGAAAUUUGUACUUUUAUAAAUUAACCUUGUAACACACCCAAGCUAUCAAUCAGACAACCGGUUCUGUUACUUCUCCGUUUGUUUAGCUCAGUGGAGCUAAACUCAAGAGGCAGGUAAUUGCCCAGAACCUGCCUUGCAAAGACUUUUCAUUGAGCUGCAUUGGGAAGUUUAAACUGGGUGAGGCAGUGAAACUCAUUAAAGAAUAGAAAAAAACACAGUCUAAACACAGUCAUAAAUUAACUUCCUGCAAAAGCUAUGUGUGUUUCUCACAUCAAUAAACAAAUAUAAAAAACAAACGUGUAACACUAUGCCAAGCUCAGAAAGUUACAUAGGUAAUAAACAUGUUUGUAUAUGUUAUUUAAAUAUACAGCUCAUAGGUGUAUCUGACUAUAUAUAUAUAUAUAUAUAUAUAUAUAUAUAUAUAUAUAUAAUACAAUAUAAUAAAGUAUACUUAAAUUGUACAUAACGUUAAAAUGUGUGCAGGUGUUGGUUUAAGGUUCACUGUGGCUCACAUAAGUGCAAGUUUUUCAGCUGUAGACAUUUUACCUUUACUGUUUGUGCAUACUUUUUUGUAUUUCUUUCUUUUUUCAUUGUAUAAUUGUGGUUAAUAUCAGUGAUAAAUAUAUAUUUAAAGGAUCACUAUAGUGUCAGGAAAACAAAGCGGUUUUCCUGACACUAUAGUGCCCUGAGAUUGCCCCCACCCUCAGGGUCCCCCUCCCGUGGCGCUGAAGGGGUAAAACCCCUUCAGCAUCUUACCUUAAUCCAGCGCCAGGCUCACUCAGCGCUGGUGACGUCUCCUACCCCGCCGACGUCAGCGGAGUAGAAAUGCGUAUGCGCGUCAAGUGCCGCAGGCGCAAUCGAAGUGUCCAUAGAAAAGCAUUUCUCAAUGCUCAUAAUAUGCCUCCAGCAUCACAGAUGCGCUUCUAGUGGCUGUCCGGAAGACAGCCACUAGUGGCUGGCUUAACCCCAAAUGUGAACAUAGCAGUUUCUCUGAAACUGCUAUAUUUGCAUCUGAAUUGUUAAAACCUGAGGGACCUGGCACCCAGACCACUUCAUUGAGCUGAAGUGGUCUGGAUGACUAUAGUGUCCCUUCAAAGGAAUAAAACCAUUCAUAUUACUUCCUGAGCAGAAUAAAGUGCACUAACUUUUGUCAGUUGGGGAAGAUGGGGGAGGAUACUGAUGUUAUGCAAGAGCAUCACAUAUUUGCAUUAGCUAAAGCUUGUUUUCUAAACUUAGCACAUUAGCAGACAGCAGUAGUCAUUCUCUGCCUUCUUAAUCCUGACAGACGGACCAGGGCUAGUGUGUUAAUCAAUAGAAAUACUGAGAGAUAAUGCUACAAAGUUUAUAGAUAUAAAUUGUGUAAAUACAUAUGUGUUUUUUUAGUUUCUCAAUCACUGCAUAUUGGAUUCAAUAAAAAGACUCGUAUAUGAAAGGAAAUAUUGACGUUCUUUUAAAAGGAAGGUAAAACCCUUAAUACCGCAUGUACGUUAUGUUAUGUUUUAACAAAUAAAAUGACUGACAAUAUUCAGGUUGCCUGUGAGGUCUAAACAUGUUCAGUUUGUUAUCAUAUAUUGGAGAGAACUGUCCUGCCCAAUAAUGUAAUAAUAAUAGUUCUGGCAUAACAGUCCUAAUAUGGAACCUUAGUAUUUCCAACCUGUGUUUUCCCCUGGUGUAUAACGUCUUGGAAUACCUGAGAACAGCCUCCAAAGCAGGACUAGGGAGGCCCACCAAUGGACAUUGGCUGGUUAGAGCAGUGGUAACAUCACUGUCUUAGAACUGGGAAACUCAGGUUUUAAACCUGGUCAGACCACCUCAACAGCAAGUGCUCUUGGGCACAACCCCUAAAGGUAUAUCUCUGCCUACCAUAGAUGGUAAGCUUUGCUGAAUAUGUUGGCUCUAUAUAAAUAAUAAUAACAGGGCCAUAUGCAUUCUUGAUGGACACAACUGGUUUUUGGGUGCACCUUAUCACUGACAUUUCUCAAUUUCAGCCCAGCCUCCCUACCAUUCUGAUUUGAUACAUCCCAGUGUUGGGAUGUGGUCCAUAACAACCUUAGGUCAAAAUAUACAUUUUUUUUUUUUUCUUUUUUUUUUAAACCUCCAACCUUUCAAUUUUGGCCUAUUUUUUUUUUUUGUAUGCUUUUGUCAGGAUACUAGUUGAUCCAGCACGCAGAACUGUAUCACAACUAGGACUAAAGGUAACAUCUUACCAGGCCUUAGAAUGGCCGGACUUAACAUACCAGAGAAUAGUCAGAAUACUUGCUGAGGUCGGGGACACAGACAGAAAGAAACACAACCAUGAGGGAAAGCCAAAAGUCAAGGAUACUAGAAUACAGGGAAGUCAAAAUGAAGCCAAAAGUCAAUAAUCAGAAAUAAACGCUCAGGAACACACUCUCACACAACCACUUAGGGAAACCACGACAGGGCAAUGAGGAAAAGCAAGAAAGGAGUUUAAAUAAGACACCUUUAAAUCCGACUGGCUGUACCCGGCCUUUGACCCCAGAAUGUGCGUGCGCGACCUUUGCGUGACGUCACACGCACAUUGACAUCGUCAAUACCGUGGGUGGAUGUAGUGUUAUAAAUUGGUAUGGAUCUGAAGCGGCCAGCGUCUUUCAACAUGCCGCAGGAGUCAUAUACACCAGCACAGAGCUGCUGAUUAGCAUCUCCAUUAAGGCCAGGAAUAUAGUUACCAUUACGGAUACCACAAGGUGAGGAUGAACAUGUGACAGCUGUCAACUCACUGUAACUAACUACAACCACAUCCAAAUAAUUACCUUUCAACACCUACAAGCCCCAGCAAACAUGAAAAUAUGUAGCUGAUGAUUGUAGCAGAAUGGAGAACUCAACAAUAUACUUUUAUUCCCUUUUGCCUUAUGAAGCAGCUUUUGUGUAUAGAUCUGCAGUGUCACUAUAUCACUUUUGUUUCUGCCCAUGCAGCUCUAGCCAUACCUCCCCUAGCUGUGACUGACACAUCAGAUGUUACUUAAAUUAGAAGUAUUUAAAAAAAUAAAUGUAUUCUUUAUUUUUGUGUGCAUAGUAGUACACAAAACCUUGCAAGGCCCAAUAACAAUGCAUUCAGAUUGCUAAACUGCAUUAAAAGCUUGAAACUGGGUAGACCAUCUAGACUUAAGGGGUAUAAUCGGUAGGUAAUACAGAAAUGAUAGAAAAUGAGUAUGAGUACACUACAGCAAAAAUAUGUUGAACAAGCAUGUCUAACUAUUAACGUUAUACACGUGGUUCGUAGAUAGGCUAGGCUAAAUAUAAAGCAGGUUUAAUUAGCUAGACCAGAUAAGUACAGUUGAGGUACAACCAUAUCAGGGUAAAUACAACCUGCCAGCUAUGCCAUUGAGGAAUAACCACUGAGUUUGAUAAUGGAAAACAUGUUAGACAUCAAGAUAAAACCAAACAUGUAGUGUGUAAACAACCCCCACGGCAGAUGAUAUAGUAAUGCCCCUGGUAGAGUUGAAAGGCAGGUUUUGCACAUAUCAUUAGGCUCAAGACAUUAAUUUAAGGCAUUCCCAAUUAAAGUCCGCAUUAAGAAGGAUGAAGACAGGAAAGACCAAUAUUUGACAAUGAGAGUUCGCUUCAGCCGACACCCUCUAACGAACUGGUACCAUCCUGCUUCGAUCCGGCUGUUUGCAAGUGUUGCGGUGCUGUCACAGAGGUGCUGCGGGCUAGAUCCAAGGGAGGAAACAAUGUCUUGCAUCGUGAACCAGCCACCGGGAGAGGCCCGAGGGUAUGUCUGCUGGGGUUGUUUAGCGUUGGCUGGUUCUGUGCUGUGUUCUGGUCCGGCAAAUACCGUGGUAGUGUAUGACUAUGUUCUUGCCUGUCAUGCGUCCGCCUAGGAUUUGUGGAGAUUGUAUACUGCAAGGAGGGAAAGGUGGCGUUCUCCUUGGUUUGAGCGGGCGGAUUCGCAGUUGCCGCCAUUUUAGAUGUGACUCGUGAUCUGAGCAGCGGUAUGGCAUUAUGUUGGGACUGCGAUAUAUUUUUAUGUAAUAAUUUUACAUAAUUAGGUCAUUUUAUUCAUUACAAUUAGCGGGACCUGCCUGACAACCCAGGCCAAAAGUCCAGGCAAUUUAAUUUGCUAGCACUAUAUUUAACCCUGUAACUUCCAAAAACACCAUAAAACCUGUAAAUAGGGGGUACUGUUUUACACAUGAGACAUCGGUGAAUACAAAUAUGUGUAUUUUAUUAAAAAGCAAACAGUAUUAUGACACUCACAGUUAAAAUGGCAUGUAGAACUAAAACAAAAUUGUUAAAUUCUUAUUUUUUCCCAUUUUUUUAUAUUAUAUUCAUAUUAAAUUAUGUUUCAUACCUAAAUAUUUGAUGUUAAAUGAAAGCCCUGUUUCCCCUGAAUAAAAUGAUAUAUAAUAAGUGUGGGUGCACAUAAUAUGAAAGAGGCAAAUUACGCCUGAACAGAUAUAUAGCGCAAAUUCAAGUUUUUGUUUUGAUCACAGCGUGUACAUUUGGCUCAGUCCUUAACGGGUUAAACAUUGGGUCUCUCUUUAUAAGAAGUGUUUAGGAAAGCUGUGCAAGUCACAUGCAGAGGGCAAUGAUUUAACUCCUAAAUGGCAGAGAACUGAGCCGUGAAACUGCAGAGAAACUUCAGAGGCAUGAUCUAUACUCUAAAACUGCUUCAUUAAGCUAUAGUUGUUCUGGUGCCUAUAGUGUCCCUUACUAGGCAAUUUCUUUUCUUUGGUAGGAGUGUUUUCCUCUUUCAUAGGGUUCAUUCCUUGUAAUUCAGUUUUCUAAUUGCUGGGUUAAUGCCCUGUUAUUGUCUUUUCAACCAAAUACUUGGCACCUUUCUGGAUGCUAAAACUUUAUCACACAAAAACAUCUACCUGUAAUUCUCCAACUAAAGAGCUUUUAAAUUACACUAAUUCAAGUUGUCCGUUCUGUAAUUGCUGCUCAAGAUCGCAUUAAUGGGUUCACUAGCACACCGUAGAGUAUCUUUCUCUUUCAGAAAUAAUUUUCUUAAUUAUUAGUUGUAUGAUAUAUUUUUUUUUUAAGUUAGUUUGUCUGAGUUGAGCCUAUAUGAAUAUAAAUGGGAGAUAGGAGGGCUCUGUGAAUAAAUCAAAGCUCAAUUUUCUAUUUCUAACCAAUAACUCACCAAUAACAUUGAAGAAGUACAUUUUCUCAUAAUCACUCAAGACGGAACAAGAUUGUAUCCAGCGUAUUAUUAAAGGGACUCUGCAGUGCCGAAAUACAAAUAAAAUGAUAAUCACUUUGUAGUAGACUUGGCAGAAUUAUGGUCUCCAUAGGCCCUGUUUCCUUAAAUCCGGAGUGCAAAAAAAUUCUUUAAGGUGAAGAGACCUAUUUUACUUCCAGAAAAUAUAUGAACAAAACCCAAAACCUUUAUUAAAGACUGUCACGUGAUAAUCAGAGAAGAACUUACUAGAGAUAUUAAUUGCCAGAAUUUCAACUUGGACCUCAUGCCAUCCCUGGUAUCUCUUCCCAGCCAUUGAGCAAGAUUUGAAAUUUAAUUUCUUCACUUUUGUCUAUACCUUUUUUUCUUUUGGUCUUGCCAAACUUUUUUUAUAUCUAUGUAUGCAGCAUUACAUGUUUCUCUUUUCCUUUAGUGAGAUUUUUUAACAGAUUUUAUAUUCUACUUUCUAGGUGUUUUACUUCAAGUGACAGGAGCAGGUGACCCUUUAAUGGCUACUUCACCAAACACCACAACUCAUGCACCAAACACCACAACUCAUGCACCAAACACCACAACCCAUGCACCAAACACCACAACUCAUGCACCAAACAUCACAACUACUGCACCAAACAUCACAACUACUGCACCAAACACCACAACUACUGCCCCCAACGUUACAACUCAUGCACCAAACACCACAACUCAUGCACCAAACGUCACAACUCAUGCACCAAACGUCACAACUCAUGCACCAAACACCACAACUCAUGCACCAAACGUCACAACUCAUGCACCAAACGUCACAACUCAUGCACCAAACGUCACAACUCAUGCACCAAACACCACAACUCAUGCACCAAACACCACAACUCAUGCACCAAACGUCACAACUCAUGCAGCAAAUACCACAACCGCACACCACACAACACUGCCAACCCCGACCUUGGCUCCACAUUCCUCACAACCGGCAUCUGGCAACUACACAGUAAAAGAUGAAAAAGUGACAUGUAUAAAGGCAUCUAUGGGUUUAGAACUACAGCUCUAUAAUUCCUCAAGGGUAAGAGAAAAUUCCUUUUCAAAAUCACUGUGUUUAAUUUUUUUCCCCCUAAUACACUGUAAUCUACUCUCUGAGCACUCUGAUGCUUCUUCUAAAUACUGGGCUCAUAAGACAUACCACAUGAUGGAUUUGUAUAUAUUUUAAUUUGUUUUCAAAUAAAAGUCUCAAUCAUAAUCAUGAAAUAGUUUUUGUUUGACAAAGGUUUUUGAACUUCAUUCAGUAUUACAUGUAUAUUUUAAACACAAUCAUGUUUUCUGCCAAUAAUGGCCUCAAUUUGAUAUGUUUUGUAUAAGCUUUUCAUAUGAUUAAAUAUUUGUGGAUAUUGCUCCAAUAAAGCUGCUUUUUGGCUAUUACCUUAAGAGUGCCUGGAUCAAAAUCUUAUUUCAUAUAAAUGCAAAAUCAAGAUCAGAAUUGCCCCCCAAAAAUGCUUCAUUUUAAAGGUUGUUUUUUUUUAUUUGACUAUUUUGGAGUAUAUUUUGCAUUUUUUUAUUGACAUUUAACAGCAAUUCAAAAUGUAAUGAAUAAAAUCCCAACAGUUGAAAAGACUUUCAGGGUUAUUUACUAAACUGUGAUUUGUUGUUCCAGUUUGGCUAUUUUGGAGUUUUCUGGUCAAUUACAGACUCUUUGUUUCUUCUUACAUUAACAACACAAAUUCAUGGAACUAAAAUCGGCUACACAUUUCAGCGAACACCGCUGAGCCCUACCUUCUUCCACAAUGAUUUUACAGCUGCAGAGACUAAGUCCCAUUCGGCAAUGGGACUUAGUCGUUUUUUCAGCCUGAAAUAGACCGACCGCACAGCCCAAAUCUAUGGAACUGUUUUGGGCAGGAAAAUGUGCUUGCGGUCGGUCAUAAAGGGACCUCCAGCUGACUUUUUAACCCCUGGAUGGAUUUGGCUGAUUUUUGGUUAUGUUUAUAUUUGAAGGUUGCUGAUUCUAAAUAUGUCAUUACAGAGAUUGGAUGUGUGGUUUUAAAGUUACAGGAUAUGUAUAAAAACUGUAUUUUUACUGCCUGUGUUUAAUUAUGUUAAACCAUUGUGUGCCAUAAUUAGAUCAAAGGCAGAGGGGGAGGAUUUUGUAUGUAAUUGCUGGGAGUGUUUCUUUAAUAUACGUGUAUGAUUGGUUGUUUUGUAAAACCCUAAGGAAAACCUGCAUAAAAGAAGGUUCUUUUGGUGCUAGUAAACAGAUUCUGCUUAACCCUCAAACGAAGUGUCAUCUCGUUAUUGGGGGAAUUGGAUUGUAUGCUGACUGCCAGGAGUGUAAACCUUUCGUAUGGUUUUUCCUGUUCAGCUGUUUCCAGUAUUCGUGAGUUUCCUGUUCCGCAGUUGGAGAAUUUGUGUAGUUUGCAGUUCGGGAGAUUGGUGCUUACAGUAGCUGUCUGUGCAUAUGAAAGGGGAAUAUCGCCUUAACGUUUUUAACCUCUUGUGGGCAAAACGGUUCGUUACAAUAAGGUAUUAGACUAAUGACAGUUGCAGAAGAGGAAUCAGUCGGGAGCUAUUAACAGUUUAAUUGACACGCUUUUAUUAAGAAGUGGGUUUUUUACGAUUUUUUUAAGGAGUGGAGACUGGGUGAGCAUCUAACGGAGGAGGGAAGCGAGUUCCACAGGAACGGUGCAGCCCUCGAGAAAUCUUGAAGGCGAGCAUCAGAGGUGGGAGUACGGACAGAAGAUAGACGUAAGUCUUCAGCAGAUCGUAAGGGCCUAGACGGGACAUACUUGUGUAUAAGGGAGGAUAGAUAGGUGGGAGCAGCAUUAUGUAGAGAUUUGAAAGCAAGAACCAGAAUUUUAAAUUGAGCUCUAUAUUUUAUAGGAAGCCAAUGUAGGGACUGACAGAAGGGUGAGGCAUGGGAGGUGCGGGCGGACAGGAAGAUGAGCCUCGCCGCCACAUUCAUUAUGGACUGUAAAGGCGCAAGCUGGGAGCACAUGAGACCACUGAGAAGCGGAUUACAGUAGUCAAGGCGAGAAAGGACAGUGGAAUAGACCAACACCUUAGUCGCAUCUGGCGUUAAGUAGGGGCGGAUGCGCGAAAUGUUUUUGAGAUGGAAAUAACAGGAUUUGGCGGUAGAUUGAACAUGAGGCUUGAAGGAGAGGUCGGAGUCAAAGAGAACACCUAGGCAGCGAGCCUGCUUGAUGGAGCUGCUGGUAGCACCGUUGACAUGGAGGGAUACAGACACGGGAGUAACAACACUUGAGGGAGGAAAGACCAGAAUUUCAGUUUUGGGCAAGUUUAGUUUAAGGAAGUGAGCAGCCAUCCAGUUAGAAACAGCAGAGAGGCAGUCAGAGACACUAGUCAAGAGGGACGGGGAGAGAUCAGGAGAGGACAGGUAUGAAUAAGAGUGCUCUGAUUGGUCGGCUAGUAUAACCAAUCGGACUGAUCUGACAGCCAAGUCUUGAGAGAUAAGUUUACGUCUGUAGUGUACAUUCUGGUUAAAAUCUUGACAAAUUCUGGUCUGUUAGGGCCCUAGAUUGCAAAAUCUAGAUAUUGUGAAAUAACGUGCACAAUGUCCACAUUUUGCAGUCCGAAUGGUACUGUAUGCUGCUGGAUGGUUUUGUCCCGUUCAUUACGUGGCCAUUUGGAUUUUAGUGCAUAACCCUGUCCCUUUCAAAGUUACAAUGGCAACAUGCUCUUUCAUGUAGACAGAAUGUGUUAACUGAAAGAAAGUGAAAUUUUGUAAAAAAAUUACUGUACUGUCUUUUUAAGUUUGCCAAGCAAAUAACACCCGUUUAUUAAUGUCAAAAUAUCCAUUACAAUAAAACUUUGAACCCUUCCAUAACUGGAAGCUGUUCAGUAGUUAAUUUCUUAUUAUAUAACUAGCAUGCAUAGUAAAGGAGGUGGUCGUAGUCAUGAUAGUUGACAUAACAUAUUUAAAUCCUGUUUAGUUUAUUUUCUAAAUCCAAAUUGUCCCAUCUAUUUGAAUCACUUAAAGGAAUAUGUAGAUUAUAUUUUAAGGACCAGCUAUUCACUAAGGACUGCACUUGGUCGAGGUGGACAAUAUUUGGUUAAAAUAACCCAAUUUCAACCAGAUUUGGAAUACUCAUAUUUACUAACAGCCGAUCUGACUGAAAUUUGGUUAUUUCAACUCAAUCAGCACAUCUCACUCUGUGCAGUGCAAUAUUUGGUUUAAAUCAGUAAUUCUCGCAUGCGAAUCAAACACAAAUAUUGCAUCCACAUAUUUAUCAAACUCCAGAUUUAUAUCAGAUUUUGCCUGGAUUCAGGCAAAUAUCCAAAAUAUACUUUAGACAACUGUAAGGACCUAUACAUGUCUCACAAAAACAUCCUGAUUAAAAACAAUCCCCUCACAUUAAAAACAAACAAAAUGCCAACUGCUGGCUGCUCACCAUUUAGCAGACAUGACCUCACAGACAAUCCCGGUUGAAGGGGGAGUUUGUACGCACAAUAGUUAUAUGGGAGUCAUAUUGAUCGUUGAUACGCAUUUUUUAAAAUUUACUUGGAGAUCAUUCAACCCAUACUGCACUACUGCUGCCAAAUGUGUAACCCUAUGGAACAAGCGCAGCUUAGGGGAAUGGGGCCUGACAGAGCUAGGAGGCGGGCAUAGGGGGAAGGCCCCAGGGAUUGGGAGUUGGAGUGUUAAGGGGUUGGCCCAGUAUAAAUAGGCAGCCGUUUUAGAAUUAGUCACUUUUAAAUUGCUUACCUGGCCUAAUUUGUCCCUCCCUCCCUCCCAUGCAAAAUGGUAAGGGGUGUUAGCUCCCGUUUGGUCACAGUGGCGGGGCUAGAGAGAAAAAAGUUAGGGGACAAACAGGCUCUGGGUUAGUUUAAAUAGAAUAGGGCAGUUAGGCUGCUGGUUAAAUGGUUCGUUAUGAACUUUGGUAGGUUUCUAGCUUGGUGGUGGCUCAGAACCUGGUGGGUGGUAGGGGUAUCCGGGUAUACCCCUACCCAGUGGCAGAACCAGAAGAGGAUCUCCGGAAAUACACAGAUUAUAACGGUGUAAUACCUGCACUCUCAUAACACUUUAACCUCAGUAUAAUAACGCAACCUUGAGUUCUAUGUGUUGUUUUGUUUGCACUCUCAAGACGCUUUAAGUCCAAAUCUUCUAUGUGUUGUUUUUGUUCAGAAACACUUAAGACUUGAGAAAGUGAGGAUCUCCCGAAAGCAAGUUACAAGAUACUAAUUGUAUCUGUUAUUUUUUUAUCAGUCAGUUGUAAUUCAACCAGUGCAAUAGAUGCAGGGCCAGAUUAAGAGCCCAGUGGGCCUGGUGCUGACAAUUAUGACGGGCCUAAUUACAGAAUCAUAUCGACCAAAAACAGUAAAACACCCCCAAGCAUCAUGUAUCUGAUGGAGAUGGUGCUGGAGAGAAAGAAAACAGCAGCUAUAAGAAAAGGCUAAUCUCUCUCUAAUUUAUGUUUUCAUCUUUCAAGUAAAUCCAUAACCCCUAACAGCAGUGUCCAGUCAGGCUGGAAGUCAAUGGGCAUGGUAAAAGGGUGUGCCACUGACACAAAUCAUGUAAUCACGUAACCUGCCAAAAGGGGCGAACAUGCCCAAAAAGAGGACAUGUCUGCUCAAAGAAUUAGAAGGCCAGCCUGGCAUGAAUGCAUGUCAGGCUGCCUGCCAAUCAUGCAGCUGGCCAACUAAGGGCAUACUAUGCACACAGCACCCUGAGCUUGGCAUAAAUGCAUUUAAUGAGUCGCUCACUCAACGCUUUCUAAGGACUGUCCCCUAGCACUCGCUGGUCCACUUACCUUCUUACUAGCAGGCAGAAGCUCCUGGUAUAUGGUCUGGGACAGAGAAAAGCUGUAUGUAGUGAGUGUAGAAGAAAGGGAAAAUGUCACAGUGUUAGAGAGACCAAAGUCAGCAUUACCUUAAAGGAUCACUAUAGGGUCAGGAACACAAACAGGAAUUUGUGACCCUUUAGUGUUAACACCACCAUCUAGCCCCCUGGGCCUCCAUAAAUAUAGCAAAAUCUUACUAUAUUCAAGCCCAAAGCUGUAACUCUGCAUGCUGUUAGACUCAUAAAAACAAGCAGUCUGCUGACAUCAUUAGAAGUGGUGGCCUGAUCCAAUCACAGUGCUUCCCCAUAGGAUUGGCUGAGACUGACAAAGAGGCAGAUCAGGGUCAGAGCCAGCAUGAUUCAAACACAGCCCUGGCCAAUCAGCAUCUCCUUAUAUAGAUGAAUUUAAUUAAUGAAUCUCUAUGAGGAAAGUUCAGUGUCUGCAUGCAGAGGGAGGAGACACUGAAUGUUUGGAUGCAUUUUAGGCAGCCAUGACCCAGGAAGGAUCUCUAACAGUCAUCUAAGGAGUGGCCAGUGAAGUUAUCACUAGGAUGUAAUUUAAAGACUGCAUUUUCUCUGUGUUUACAGCAAAAAGCCUGAUGGUAAUGAUUCUACUCACCAGAACAAAUUCAAUAAGCUGUAGUUGUUCUGGUGACUAUAGUGUCCCUUUAACUAUAUUCAUUGUCAGCCAGUCCACACAAGUUUUGUUCCCAUACAUCCCACUUAAGUUUCCAUACUUAAGUAAGAGUAUGUGAAAAGUAGUUAGGUUUGCCACUUUUCUUGGAAAAAAAGGAGUGACAUAAGAGAAAAUGCUGUAAAAUCACCAAAAAACUACUUAGUUUGAUUCUGCUGUAUAGAUGGAUUCCUCCCAGUGCUCCUAUGUCUCCCAGUGUCCUCAUGACUCAGUGCCCCCAUGUGUCGAUUACUCCAGGUCUCAGUGUUCCUAUGUAUCAGUGUCUCAGUGCCCCAUGUCUCCCAGUGUCGUGUCCCCAGGUCUACCAGUGAUCCUAUGUAUCACAGUGUCUCAAUGCCCCAUGUCUUCCUGUGUCCCCAUGUAUCCCAGGGUCCCCAUGUCACUAGGACACUAGGAAGACGGGGAGACCUCGGGACACGGGGAGACCUAGGGACACGGAGACACAAGUGACACUGGGAGACUAGGGGACUCUGGCUGGGGCACAUGGGGACAAUGGGAAAAUAGGGGACACUUGAAGACAUGGGGACACAGACACAAGGGACAAAGACACUAGAGACACUGGCUGGUGGACAUGGGGACAUUGAGACAUGGGGGCACUGGGAAACAUGGGGACACUGAGACACCAGGGCCACAGACACUAGGGACACUAGCUUGGAGACAUGGGGACAUUGUGACACUUGAGGCAAUGAGAGACAUGGAGGCACUAAGAGACAUGGGGACAGUGAGAGACUGGGAGACUAGAGGGCACUGAGACACCAGGGACACUGGCUGGGAGACAUGGGGACACUGUGUCCCCAUGUGUCUGUGUCAUAAUAUCUCCCAAUGUCCCUUAGUGUCUCAGUGUCUGCCAUAAUGUCUCCCAAUGUCCCUUAGUGUCCCAGUGUCUGCCAUAAGGUCUCCCAAUGUCCCUUAGUGUCUCAGUGUCUGCCAUAAUGUCUCCCAGUGUCCCUUAGUGUCUCAUUGUCUGCCAUAAUGUUUCCCAGUGUCCCUUAGUGUCUCAGUGUCUGCCAUAAUGUCUCCCAGUGUCCCUUAGUGUCUCAGUGUCUGUCAUAAUGUCUCCCAAUGUCCCUUAGUGUCUCAGUAUAUGUCUCCUUGCAGCCUUUCCCCCAUCCCUUACUUCCCUGAGCUGUAGGCUGUCUCUGCAGGGUGGGAGUUGCUGUCUGGACUCUCUGUAGCUGCACCCCUGCAGAUCAGUGAGUAUAGAUAGGCAGGGAGGGAUAUGCUGGAACUUCCUAUCCCUGCCUGUCUCCACACACAGCGACCCCUACUGGCCAGUGCUGGUAUUGCAUAGUAAUCUCUUGUUUAUACUGAUAAAAAUACCAGCAUUUGUAUUGCCAGUAUCACUGCAAUAUUGGCACCAGCCAGGCAGCCUCAAAUACUGGCUGUGCCAAUAAAAUAAAAGCCAGGUGGAAUACCUAAGAGUAGUGUGUGAAAAAAAAAUGUAAAUAAAAAAAAAUUUAAUUUUUUUUUUUUUAAAUCAAUGGGCCUAUUCCAUGGGCCUGGGCCUGGAGCUGCAGCUCCAUCAGCCCCUAUGUUAAUCCGGCCCUGAAUAGAUGCAAAGGCCCCCCAAAUAUUGAUCGCUAGAUGAGUUCAUACCAGAAAAUUGCAGUCUUUUUGGACAUUUCUUUUAAAUGAGGGAAGCUUUUUUUUUUUUCUUUCUGAAGCUCUUUUUUAAUAUAGACUUCCAAAUUUAUCCCAAACAGGACAUCUCCUUCAAAUGAUAUGGUGCACAAAUUAAACUUUGAUGAUGUAUCUGCACCCCAAAAAUGCAGCAACAAGGCUCUGCAGUCUGCAACCAGUCACCAAAAGGGCCAUGCUCCUGGAAACAAAAUAUAUAUAUUCAGAAAUAUAUUUGUCAGGAUCUGUUCUUCAUUUCUUCCUAUCUGCUCUAGUUUUCUUUAAAACAUAAGACAAAGUAGGGACUACUUUGUCUUAUGGAGGUUUCCUACGCUUAAAGGACCACUCUAGGCACCCAGACCACUUCAGCUUAAUGAAGUGGUCUGGGUGCCAGGUCCUUCUAGGGUUAACCCAUUUCUUAAUAAACAUAGCAGUUUCAGAGAAACUGCUAUGUUUAUUAAUGGGUUAAGCCUUCCCCCAAAGCCUCUAGUGGCUGUCAUAUUGACAGCCGCUAGAGGCACUUGCGUGCUUCUCACUGUGAUUUUCACAGUGAGAGCACGCCAGCGUCCAUAGGAAAGCAUUGUAAAUGCUUUCCUAUGCGACCGGCUGAAUGCGCGCGCAGCGCUUGCCGCGCAUGCGCAUUCAGCCCAGGAGGAGGAUCGGAGGAGGAGAGAAGGAGGAGAGCUCCCCGCCCAGGGCUGGAAAAAGGUAAGUUUAAACACCUUUCCCUCUUCCAGAGCCGGGCGGGAGGGGGUCCCUGAGGGUGGGGGCACCCUCAUGGCACUAUAGUGCCAGGAAAACAAGUAUGUUUUCCUGGCACUAUAGUGGUCCUUUAACCAGCUUUGACCAGCGGAGGAACAAAGUGUGUUCUGUUUCCUGUGGUCAGAGAAAUUUUCCCACAAUUCUCACCUUUCCUCACUAUGCCUCCUUUCUGUAUUCCUGAACUUCGGCAAAACUACAGAAUUUUGUCCUAACAGAAUGAGAGCAGUGCAUUCAUUCAUGUUAGGACGAAAUUCUGAACUUUUGUUCAGUUUGAAAUUUCAUUGUAUUGUAACCCCUUCCCUCCCAAUAAAUGGCCCCAUGGUGGAACAUCUCUUAACUAGCCUGGGGGGGAUAUUGUGUCCCACCCGAGCCCCUAUCCAUGCCCUGCGAGUGGGAGCUAUUCCAGUAAACAGGUGAUGUAGGGUCCCCCUUGGCCCCCAACCAUGAGCUGCAGGUGGGUGCCCUAAAUGAAAAUGGAGAGGGGGACCUAUUGUCCUCCCCCCUAGCCCCCACUCCUGAGCGGUGGGUGGGGGCCCUAAAUGUAAAUCAGGGCGACCUACAGAGUGCACUGAGUAAUUUUACACAGUGUGGGAAAGUUCUUUGGAAUUUUCCCAUGCUGUGUAAUUUAACUCAAAACUCUCUGAUUGGUUGAUCGAAAGCAACCAAUCAGAGUGUUUCUAUGAGUCAAAUUACACAGCAUGGGAAAAUUCCAAAGAACUUUCCCACGCUGUGUAAAAUUACUCAGAGCACCCUGUAGGUCCCCCAAAUUUACAUUUAGGGCCCCCACCCGCCGUUCAAGGGUCUUUAUUGUUUCCUGAUUUUUUCCUUUUUGGCCUUUUUUUCUCUGAUGAUAACUAAUAUUUUUUUCUGUGUCUGAUAAGACUGUCGAGAAUGCACUAAUUGAUCAAUCGCAGUGGAUCCACCGGACUCUGUAUGAACUACUGAUCAUUACUUAUUAUGAUCUUACUAUGGAGGGGUGUAUAUAGAAGGUUUUGUAUAUAGUAUGAAUUUAACUUUUUGCAAAAUAAACUAUUGUACAUUAUAUCAUAUGUAAUUUCAGGUUGUGCACCAUUCUGAGUGUAUAUUGAGCUUUAUUAGGCACCAUUUGCUUUGACUAUUUUGGUAAUCUUUUUGAUCUUUCUAAAGAUAUUAAUUGAAUAAUAAAUUAAUUUUGCAUUACUACAAUAUUUCAUUUUUUUGACACACAGUGCAUGUGUCUGAGUGCGGUAUUGAUAUUGAUUGGGUUGAAUUACAAAUUUUAGGCUAAUGAUUUUCACAAAGAAGCACUGAGAGGCAUGGCACCGCAAUCACUGCACUGUGCCUGCAAUGCUUCUCACAGAGAAGCACUGGUUCCUGCCUUAGAACAAAGCACUGAGGAAAAGCACCUUUUAAACUGUCUGAACAUCAGAAGGGUUCAUUCUAGCACCUUAUUAAAUGUGUUGUUUUGUCUUGAAACUGGCACUUUUAUAUCCUGGUAACUCUUAAAGCACUCCGGAAGCUAAAGUGCUUUAGGGAUUUGGAUUAUUCCUUUUUCUUUUCAAAUACAUCCAGUAAUAAAUUUGCACAUAGUUUAUGAAGAUUAUCCCGCCAUUAGGAACUUGUUUCAUUAAUUUAAUUUCCUUUAAUUGUGAUAUUAAUAUAUUUAAAAUUCAUUGUUACCUUUAUUUUUCAUUUUUCUCACACAGAUUGAAGGGUACUUUGAUAUUGUACCAGAAACAACAAAAGCAACAGGAAAAUGUGAAACUGAUGCGGCCAACCUGAACAUUACGUUUGCAGAGGGUUUUAUAAAUUUUGGCUUUGUUCGGGUAAAUUUUUACAAAUAAUCUUAAUAUUUUCAUGCAAUAAAAUAAUCAGGUCAUCAGAGUCUAGCACAUUCGCAUAAAGCAGUUUGUCCUGAAUCAAAUUUAACAAUUUAGAAGUAUCCGAAUUUUAUUUUUGAUAUUUCAACCGUUUAGUAGCUCCCUAAUUUGCUAUCCUUAGAUGGGAUUGCCAUAAUUAAUGAUACCAAAUUAGGAAGCUAUCUCCUAAAAAAACUGUCAAAAUUAACAACAAAAAAAAAAAAGACUUUUGAGAUUGCCAAAGUCACAUUUAAGGAUACCAAAUUAGUUGGCUGUUUAGCUAACAGCUCCCUUAUUUGGUAUUCUUAAAUAUGCUACUCCCACGCAAAUUGUAAAUAAAAAUAGCAAAUUAUGGAGUAAUCCAUUUAACAACUGAAUAUCAAAAUUGAGAAGAGGGCUCUUCUUAAUUUUGAUUUGUCUGCAGUUUAGCAGAUAACUUCCUAAAUCGGUGCUGUAAAUUGUAAAGCAAUAGUGAAUGUUUUUCACUGCUAUCUUUAUCCAUUCCCCAUUGAGAGAAUUGAACAUCCGAAUUUUUCAAAAACUAAUGAAUGGAAAUGAAAAAAAGUUAUUUUUUUUCCCUGUGCAAAGCUCUAGAACUAAAAUAAGAUAAAGAUAUUGUGUACAUGUGGAGCCUAAUUACAUUUUUCAAAAAUGAUGAAGUAUCAUAUUAACCCCUUAAGGACACAACCUUUGGAAUAAAAGGGAAUCAUGACGGAAUAUUUCCGUCGUGUGUCCUUAAGGGGUUAAAAAUGUGGUUACAAUGCUUUUAUUUAUUUGAGUGCCAAAAAUUGGUAAAUAAGUUAAACAAGCUGUACUCAGGAAUUCACUGAGAAUUUUCUGUAAGUGAAGUAAGUGAAAAAGAGUGCAGGAUCUUCAGCUUAUUAAAUCAGUCCUGUGUUUGAUUUGUCAGAAUAGCUACUAAUAUCCCAUACUGCAGUAAUUCUUUGAUCUACGAUGAAUGGUCCUCUUGUGACCUAGGAUGGAAAACACGCAUCUAUUAGACCACUUGAGAACCUUUUUGCAGCUUUCAGAUGUUGGCAGAUUAAGCAACUUUUUCUUUGAUUACCGUUUCCCAAUUGUAUGAUGUUUAAAUAUUUACUGAGCCAAAUCUUGGUACAUCAUGUCAUAAUGUGGUUGAAGAAACCUAUCCCUCCUUCCUACUUGAAAAUCGACUCGUAACCCAAAAGGAUCUUUCUUUAUUCAAUGAAUAAUAAACUGACGCAGAAUUCAGAAAACCUGGCAAUUAAAAUAAUGAAUUUUGAAUAAUGAACUAAUUGCAUUCAAAUAUUUGUUUUUUUUUUUUUUUUAAAUAUUAAUGUUUUCACCCUAAUUAUGCGUAGGGAACCUUUGGCACUCCAGAUAUUUUGGACUACAUUUCUUAUGAUGCUUUGCCAGAAUUAUGGCUUUAAGAGCAUUAUGGGAGACGUAGUCCAAAUAAUCUGGAGUGCCGAUGGUUGUCUACCCUUUAUAGGUGUACUUCAUAGUUUAGCAUGAUGCCAAAUAAAUGGUUGCUACAAAGAAAAAAAAAAUAUUGUUCCACUUCUCUGGUUCCUGUUGCAACCUUAGCAGAAGCAAUAUUAUCUUUGUCUAAAAUUUCUGCAUUUCUUACAUUUUGGUCACUUCAAAAAUAAAUCUCCCCUGUACAAGUGAGUGGAAGGCUGAGGUUCUCAAAUGUAGAUGAAGUAGAUCAUCCUUGGAAAAACACGCAAACAAGGAACAUUUAGAGCUUAUGCACAUGUUUAAUAUAUACAUUACAACAUAUGAAAUUAGAAGUGCAGGCAUUCACCACAGCCCGGGGCAGGAGGGUUGCCACACUUACUCCCCCACGAGCACUGACUCCGAGUCAUCCCAGCAAGUUCCCGAGCAUUGGAGUGGGCUAGUGCUGAGUGUUGUCCACGGGAACAAGGAACUGACUUGCAUGGUUCGACCACGGCUUCCAACUCUUUACUAUAAUGUCUCAAUUUAGAUUAAAUCUUGUAGCUUCUGUGUUUAAUGCUUUGACCAUGUGUCCUAUUCAGUGUAGUGAUUUACAGGGGAGAAGGCUUCCCAGAGCUUUACCGUAGCGUACACCCGCAGUCACUACUCAUGGCAUCCACACUAUCACUUGAUAACCCUGGGCAUCAUCCUUAGGCCUACCCCAGCAUGCCCACUACCGGGGAAGGUGUGGGGCCUCGGUUGAUAGCCUCGGUUGUUUUCUUUUAAGCUACCCAGCCCAACAGUCUGAAACCCUGAUGCUGCCAAACAGUCAUAAUACUCUCCUGGCUCCCUUAGAUGCAGCAGUUGGCGCUAGAACUGGGCAGCUUCACAGUUAUCUUCUGCAUGUUUAGGUUAACGUUACUAUUAGGCUACUAUUCUGGCUUUUAUGCUAAGUGCUACAGUAGGCACCCACAACAUUUCUGCAUUCCAUAUUAACUCCGCAAAGCCUACCUUUACAUACUAAUGUGACGAGCAGCUAUAUUAUGUUUAACUACUUCACUAUUUUAGAAAACCUAAACGUGUUUUUAUUAUGUUUAAAAAUGUGCACGUGUUCUCUAGGGUUUCUAAUGUUGUGAAUUAUAAGAUGCUUGAGGAUUGCUGUUGGGGCACCCCGAGCUUGUAUGUAUUAAUAUUAUGCAAAACAAAAAUACAAAAAAAAAAAUAAUAAAAAAAAAAUAACAAGAAAUAUGUUUAUUCCGAAUCUGUUCAUAAGCAACUUUAAAAAAAUGACUAGAUAUAAAUGAAUUAUAGUCAUGGUAGGUUUAGUUGAGAGAGGACUUUUAGAAGAUAUAAACGUGUCACAUGCCCGUCUACAACAGGAACUUGAGCUAUUUCUAUUCAACCUAAAACUUUCAAAAUUAAUUAACAUAGAGUCUAAAUUGCUUGUUCUUGUUUUCUUUUUCUUCCCCUCAGGAUAAAAGUGGUUAUUACAUAAAAGAGGUUGAUGUGGUUUUCAAACUGUCUUCACGUAAGUAAAAACCAUAGAACAAAUGAUAAAAUAUAUGCAGUGCUUUCUGAUCAAGAAAACAUGCACCGAUGAUGCCUAGAACACUAAGAACACUUUUUUUUAAAUUUCAAAAUGAUUUAUUUUCAUACAAAAUUAAAUUUUAAUUCCAUAAAAGAUCAACCACCAUCAUGUCAUGUUAUAUGGAAUAAUAUAACCUUCCACAAGUUAUUUCCUGAACCAAUGUAAUCCUUCUGCCAAAGUUUGUUUUACACAGACUUUGCAGUCAAGUAUUUGGGUUCAGCAUCAUCUCUAUUUUUGUUUCAAUGCACUUUGCUAAGGGUCUCCCUAAGUUAAAGGAUCGCUCUGGGCACCAUAAAGACUUAAUCAAAAUAAAGUUGUUAUGGUGCAAGGAAUUGACUGGGUGCGUUCUUACUAUAAGGGGUUAAACUGUUCUAGUGGUUUAACCCAGGGAUGUAUUUACCACAAGGCAAACAAGGCAUUUGCCUAGGGCAGCACUUUCGGGGGGGGGGGGUAUGCCAAAAUACGCCCCAUCAGGCUCCUAGACAAAUGCCUUGUUUGUCUCGUGUUCUGGGGCUGUCCACCUUACUGUGAUUGAGUGUAGCUGUCAGUAUGUGUCUGUGAGCGAGUGAAAGUGUGUGUGUCUUUCUGUGAGAAUGCGUGUGCCUGUGAGUGUGUCAGUGUGUGUAUGUCAUUUUAUGUGUAUCUGAUAGUGUGUGCAUGUCAGUGAGUGGGUGUGUUAGUGUGUGUCUUUCAGUGAAAGUGUGUGUUGGUUAAACUGUGUGUGCCAAUGACUGGAUGUGUGUCAGUGAAUGCAUGUAUCAAUGAGGGCAUGUGUCUGUCAGUCAAAAAAGUGGCCUUGACAGGAAUUGCGGGGGCAAAUUUAGAUUUUGGGGGUGCCCGAAGUUAGUCGUGCCUAGGGCAGCACAAAUCCAAAAUACACCACUGCUUUAACCCCUACGGUUGCCUCCAGCGACGGAUUUCCAAUUCCUCCAGCAUCAUCCAGCUUCUGAAAUUGACUUUUAGGAAGCGUAGCGUGCUGCUGGCAGAGGUGCCUCUGAUAGGCCAGAGCCAUCAACUGAAGCUCUAAACCAACCAGUACCUCUGCAUAUAUAAAAAAGGUAUUCGCCUAAAUUCUAAUUCUGAUUCUUGCCCCAAUAUAUGGCCCCAACCCUACACCAAGAUUAUAGGCAAAACGAAUGCUCCUGUAAGAGCAACAUUAUUACAGAGCUUAGGCUUUGUGAGGCUUCCAGAAAUAGUCUGGAUUUUGACAUGUACUGGGUAUAGAGGCUACCUACAGAUGUGGAGCAUUUAUUGAGCCACCUCAGAUUUUUGACAGCCAGUCACUGUGAUCAGAUACCUAGGAUAGACUUGCCAUAUUUCUGGACUGCCUUUUGGCUAAGGCAGGGGUAGGCAACCUUCAGCACUCCAGAUGUUGUGGACUACAUCCCCCAUAAUGCUCUUAGACCCAUAAUGCUGACAAAGCAUCAUGGGAGGUGUAGUCCAAAACAUCUGGAGUGCCGAAGGUUGCCUAUGACUGGUCAAAGGUAUCCAGCAGUUUCUUGGUAUAUGCCUCAUUUGGUAUGUAUUUCCAUAAUGAGUCCAGUAACACCAGAAGGCAAUAGCAACCCAGUAGCUAUGGCAUGGUGACCCAAUGAUCACCAUAGGGAGUCAACAGGACCUAUUAAUGGUAAGUCUCACUUGUAAGUAGUUCCCCAUUAACCAUGUUUCAUUGGUAUCAAAAUGAUCCAUUGCUAUAUAGAGUCAUUUUGACGGUCAACAAACAGUGUGUUAAGGUUUUUACGUUACGUAGCAGCUAUAUAUUGUGUGCCAGCUGUCAGUAAAGAUUUUUCUCAUUUCUUUAUGGUGACCUCUGUUUACCACAGUAGACAAAUAACGCCAACACAAGGGAACAGUUACAGGAAGCUGCAGUCUCAUUUAGUGCAACACCACAAACAUUAAAGGUGAAGAUUUGGUCAGGUGACAGAAACAUGGUUGUGGUGUUAUAAUGAAUAAACCUGCAGCUUACUAACAGUUCUCUUGUGUUGGAGUUAUAUUUCUGCUGUGGAUAUGAAUGGGAAUUAUUGAUUAUGAAUCAGUUCUCCUCAGAAAUAUUGGCUUAACCAUGCUGAGCUGUGCACUUUUUUUCUAACUUUGUUACACUAUAUUGAAAUUAUAAUUGUCGGUCCUAAAGCUGAUGCCAAGUAUUUAAUUUGAUGCAUUGGUUAACAUUAUAUUCUUCUAGUUGAUUGCAAUACACAUGUUGCCCCAUAAUAGGUUAGAUUUCAAAACAGAAACAGCCAUUAUUUCAGCAGCUGAGAGCAUGGCUUAAAUAAUGUUUCCCAAGAACUCCCUGAAAGAAUUGAGUAAUAUUUGUAAGUCAUCAGUCAAGUGGCUGUGAUUUGAAAAGGGAAAAGUGAAGUUUAAAGGGACAUUUUCAUCUCAUUGAAUUGAUUAUAGUGCCUGGAGUCCCCUGGAGCUGCCUCUCCCUUUAAUGUUUAACCAUUUUCAAGCAGCUUAAAGGACCACUCUAGGCACCCAGACCACUUCAGCUUAAUGAAGUGGUCUGGGUGCCAGGUCCCUCUAGGAUUAACCCAUUUUUUUUAUAAACAUAGUAGUUUCAUAGUAGUUUCACUCCCGGCGGGAGUGGGACCCUGAGGGUGGGGGCACCCUCAGGGCACUAUAGUGCCAGGAAAACGAUUAUGUUUUCCUGGCACUAUAGUAGUCCUUUAAUGCUGAAUGAAGGUCAAUAGCCACCCAUAGUCCAGCCCCUGUUGGAGUUGAGGCAAACACAGAGAUUAAACACUUUCUUCUAGCCAUACUAAAUCAUACCAGCAAUGACAGCUGUGAUAGGCUAAAUGUGGUCAGCUGACACUCUCAGCUAUUCACCACAGGUCAUGCGUACACAGGCUAAUGCUUCCUUAUUAACCAAAGCAGCACCAAGGAAAUUGGCUCCUGGGGACUCGUUUAGUAUUAAAACAUGGUGUCAAUCACACACCUGAAUUCCCUGAACAGCUAAAUUUCAGAUAAUUAUAUGCAUGUGGAUGAUGUUCAUCAGUUACCUUUGUUUCUUUAUAAAAAAAAAAAAAAUUAUUAAAAUGUUUCUUUUACACGUAAGCAAUGGAUGUCUGCAAUAAAUACACUCAUGCAUAUCACCCACAGAUGACAGUGUUUUACUUUAAAAAUGUUCACUUUCAAAGUAUGAAUUAAAAGAGAUGACACUACAAUGACUCUGUAUUGAAAUGACUGUUAAUAUAGUUUAUAAAAACGGGCAUCAUAACAGCUUCAGGUAUAGUACUGUAAUUAUGCAAGAGAAAAGCAGAAUAACCCAUGCAUUAAAGGACCACUAUAGUCCCAGGAAAACAUUCCCCCCAUUCUUACCUUUUUCCAUCGCUGGGCGGGGAGCUCUCCUCCUCCGAUCCUCCUCCUCUCCUCCCCGUCGGCUGAAUGCGCACGCGCGGCAAGAGCUGCGCGCGCAUUCAGCCGGUCGCAUAGGAAAGCAGUCACAAUGCUUUCCUAUGGACGCUGGCGUGCUCUCACUGUGAAAAUCACAGUGAGAAGCACGCAAGCGUCUCUAGCGGCUGUCAAUGAGACAGGAGCUAGAGGCUUUGGGGGAAGGCUUAACCCAUUCAUAAACAUAGCAGUUUCUCUGAAACUGCUAUGUUUAUAAAAGAAUGGGUUAAUCCUGGCUGGACCGAGCACCCAGACCACUUCAUUAAGCUGAAGUGGUCUGGGUGCCUAGAGUGGUCCUUUAACUGUAUGAGUAGUUAAAGCUACAGGGUGCUUAAAGUUAUCUUGGCAAAUCCAAUCCACAGAAUCUUCAAACUCUACGCCCGCCCACUAAUAACAUUAAACACCCAUAACCUUAAGUCCUCCUUACUAACCCUAAUGCUAACGACCCGUAAACAUUAAACAUUUCCCAUAACUUUACUUCAUCCUCCCCUCUAAUUUUAGAUGCCGCCCUUUUUAUUAAUGUUUCAGUGCUGCUGCAUUUUAAUGAGUGCAGAAACAUUUUUGUGUUCCUUUAAUGAACAAGUUAACAUGGUGAAGCUUAAAACGAAUAUAAAUAUUCUAGAGGUAUUUAUCAAAUGCUAAGGGUGUAUCUUCAACACUGGAUAGCAUUAACCUGUAAAUAAGAAAUUGGAAGGAUGCCUGGAUAAAUAGAAUUUCGCAAUUUACCUCAUGUGACUGUAAGUAGAAUGCACACUCAUUCUGCCAACCCUGACCAGAGAAAUCCAGUUCUGAUACAGGUUACACUAAAAUUCCUUAUCUGUCCAAUAUCAGAUUCUACACACACCCUCUGUAAAUUCACACUCCCCAGUCCCUGUGUCUUCCUCUUGGCUAUUGGAUUUAAACAAGUAGUACAUAUUAAAGCAUUAAAAUGGCAGCCUGGAUAUAAAAAGGCUCUAUGUGCUUGUUUUGCACUUCUUACUUUCUUUGGUAAUCUGGCCCUUGUGACUCUCAGUUGCCUUACAUCGACCCAUCAACUUCUCCAUAACUUCCAGAAAAAGGAGAACUACUAGAAAACGACAGCUUGAACUGAACUAGAAAGAUGGCAGACAAUUUAUCCAUUGCGUCUUCUUACACUUUCAUUUUAAUUCAACAGUUUCUUACAGGGUUUAUGAAAUGAGUUGUUUUAGCUAUUGGUAGUAAUUAUAUUCAUCUUAUACCAUAAAAGGAACCCAUGCCUGAUUUGAUAGCAGGUACAUUGUAACUGAUAACCACUUUAUAGACAGUUCCAUUUAAAGUUUUGUGAGUGAAGGUGUCAGACAUUAUUGUGCAUGUGCAUGACAUACAUAUAUUUGGACAGGUAAAGGAGGAAGUAUAGUUUCCUUCUCUGAGAUCAGACAUUAAAAGAGUAGGCUUGGGGGCGUGGCUUGAUCGCCAUGAGAAAUGGCCGCAUAAUCAGAACACUCCGCACCCGAGAUCCCUAAAAAGCACUGUAAAAGCUUCUUCCCCAACAUCACCUGCAACAACCUGCCAGGAACACUGACAGAACAGCUCUGGAACAUGUCCAGCUACAAAAUGUCCAAAAAACAUAAGGGUAACGCACCUUCCGUGGCGGACAUUCUGGGAGCACAGAGGCCCUCACCCUUCACCCUCCAAGAUGGCACCAGCCCGACCCGUUGUGCCUCCCGUUGUGCCUCCCUGACCUCGCCGGGCUCACCAGACUCGGCUUGCCACUCACACGUAGACUCAUCAGGGGCCAUACUCCUCUCCUUAGCUGUGAGAGAACAACACAGGAGGUGAAAGCAGAAAUACAGGCUGUAAGAGCCUGAAUAGACUCCUUAGAGCGCUGCAUGGAGCACGUGGUGAUGGUGCACAAUGGAGCAGCCACACUGACCAACUUGUUCCUAGACAGAGUCACAGAGCUCGAGCUGGAGAUGGAGGACGCUUCCAACAGGUCCAGAAGAAAUAACAUGAGGGUAAGGGGCCUGCCAGAGAGCAUAAGGGACGCUGACCUGGAACAACUCUGCUCAUCUGUUACCUGACAUACCAGACCAGCUAUGGCUCAUUGACAGGGUCCAUAGGGCACUACGGGCUAAGGAUCCUCCAAACGGCCCAGCCAGAGAUGUCAUCCUACGCUGGCAUUUUUUCUCCACAAAAGAGGCAAUAAUGAAGACCAGCCGGCGACACACCUUCAAGCAUGAGGGACAAGAUCUAGGCCUCUUCUAAGACAUCGCACCCCUCACUUUGGCACUCCAGAAAGAAUGGAAGCCAAUUGCUGAUCUUAUCAGGGCUAAGGGACUGCGGUUCGCCUGGUGAUUCCCCUUCAAGAUGCUGGGAUUUAACUGCCCGAAGUCCGCAAUUCUCCUCCCUUCAGCUGACCCCAAAACAUUCCUGAGAGUUUGAGCGCAGGACUAGUUUCUUUGUGUGUGUGUGUGUGUGUGUGUAUAUAUAUAUAUAUAUAUAUAUAUAUAUAUAUAUAUAUAUAUAUAUAAAACAAGAGGGAGUUGGCUGCACUCACCUGAACAUGCAUAAAUGGGGGUGCUGCUGGGGGCCAAAUAAUACAAAACACAAGAUCCAGCGCACUCACCUAUCCACUAAACAGCAACUUCAAUGUUGAAAGAUUUUAUUUGUUUUUGUUUUUUAAACACCUAAUCUAGGCAAAAAUUAUAGGGGUUUAGUUACAUUAUAUGAUCAUACAUUGCAUAAGCCUGCCACAACGUCAAUGUACCCCAUCUUUGGCAGGUCCUACACUAACAACCUAAAGUCUGCUCUUAUGAGAUUAACCCACUUACUUGGGGGAAAAAAAUCCAUCUGGGGCUCUCUGCAGUACAAGGCUAAAUAGGGCCCUGGGAUGAGGCACCUGUGACAGAGAGGGGUGCAAAACCAAGGAGUUGGCUAGACUCCCAAAUAUAUAUAAAACAAGAGGGGGUUGGCUGCACUCACCUUAACAUGCAUAAAUGGGGGUGCUGCUGGGGGCCAAAUAAUACAAAACACAAGAUCCAGCGCACUCACCUAUCCACUAAACAGCAAUUUCAAUGUUGAAAGAUUUUAUUAGUUUUUUUAAAAACACCUAAUCUAGGCAAAAAUAAUGGGGGUUUAGUUACAUUAUAUGAUCAUACAUUGCAUAAGCCAUAAUUUUGGGAAAUGUUGGUAACCCAGAUCGGGGCUAUCAGGGGAUGUAACUUUUGUGGGGUUUUUUUAUAUGUUUUUGGGGUACUUUUGAGGUAUUGUUGUAUUGCAUGUUUUCUGUACUGGGAGAUAAUUCAAUUUAGAUGUGUACUUUGCAACACUCUCCUCUCAAGUCCAGCAGGGAAUGUCCCUGGAAUGUAAUUUAGGAAACCCCUGGCAUGGGGAGUUACAUAAAAGGCUGUGUGUGGCUCCCAAUAAACCAGUUCACUGACAGCAUAGAGCUUCGUUUCAUAUGUGGGGAGAAAAGCUAUACCUGCUAUAAUCACUUGAUAUACUGCUCUUUGGAUUGCUAUACAGCUAUACUCUCUCGGAGGAGAAGUCUUCCCACUGGGAGCUGGAUCCAGGUGUUGAUCCAGGGUGGGAAGGGACCCCAGUCAAGCUGCAGCGGCUAAAGUGACUACGGUGAUUAUGGUGUCCAGUGCGGUGCUUAUAGUACUCUGUGAUACUAGGAAGCAGCGAUUGGUGGAGGUACCCAGUCGGGGUGCCAGGUGAUCCACCACACUACUACUCUUGUCUUUCCUGCUUUUUCCUUCUUCUCUUUCCCCUUCUCAUUCUCCUACCCCUCCCUACCCUUAUCCCACACUCCCUACUGGUGGGGGCGGCGUAACCGACAGAAAAGGCGGACAUAGUCACUCUCAGAUGCCCGAUUGACAACAGCAGGUUGCACCAAUACAUCGCUUAGCCUUACAUCGCUAAACGUCAAUGGCAGUGGCGUACACAUGACCCAUGGGGCCCCGGUGCGAAAAUUGAUCCGUGGGCCCCCCCCCCCUCGCGGGCCGGGCCGCAACACAUGGCGGUGGGCACCUGGUCGCAGGGGUUACAGGGCUGCGACCCCUGCAUGUACGCCAGUGCAUGCAGAUGCACACACACUUAAAGGACCACUCUAGGCACCGAGACCACUUCAGCUUAAUGAAGUGAUCUGGGUGCCAGGUCGAGCUAGGGUUAACCCAUUUUUUCAUAAACAUAGCAGUUUCAGAGAAACUGCUAUGUUUAUGAAUGGGUUAAGCCUUCCCCUAUUUCCUCUAGUGGCUAUCUCAUUGACAGCCACUAGAGGCGCUUGCGUGCUUCUCACUGUGAUUUUCACAGUGAGAGCACGCCAGCGUCCAUAGGAAAGCAUUAUGAAUGCUUUCCUAUGUGACUGGCUGAAUGCGUGCACAGCUCUUGCCGCGCGUGCGCAUACAGCCGACGGGGAGGAGAAGAGGAGGAUCGGAGGAGGAGAGCUCUCCGCCCAGCGGUGGAAAAAGGUAAGUUUUACCCCUUUCCAGAGCCGGGCGGGAGGGGGUCCUUGAGGGUGGGGGCACCCUCAGGGCACUAUAGUGCCAGGAAAACGAGUAUGUUUUCCUGGCACUAUAGUGGUCCUUUAAAGGACCACUACAGACACCCAGAUCACAUCAGCUCAAUGAAGCUGUCUGGGUGUCAGGUCCCUCUAGUUUUAACCCUGCAGCUGAAAACAUAGCAGUUUCAGAGAAACUGCUAUGUUUCACUGAGGGUUAAUCCAGCCUCUAGUGGCUGUCUCAUGGACAGCUGCUAGAGGAGCACACUGAACGUCCAUAGGAAAGCAUUGAGUAAUGCUUUCCUAUGGGUGGUUUGAAUGCGUGCGCAGUCGCAUUCGGAGCUGAGAGGCUGAGGGAUCCUCAGCGCCAAGGGAGUCCGGCGCUGGAGAAAGGUAAGUGCUGAAGACACACACACUCUCACUUACAGACGCAUACACACUAGCUAACAGACACACAUUUACUGACAGAGACACACUCAGCGACAGACAUACAUACACACUCACUUACAAAACAUACACUCUCAUUGACAAACACACACUCACUAACAGACAUCAAACAGACUCACUAACACACACACUCAGUAAGACACACACAGUAACACACUCACUGACACUCACUAGCAGACACACACACUAACAUACUAACACUCACACUAACACUCACUAGCAGACACACACUAACACUCACUCUAACACUCUCACACACUCUAACACUCACUCACACUAACACUCACACAUGAUUUUAUUUUAUUUUUUAAAUGUAAUCCCCCCAGCCUCCUUACCUUUUGGAGUACUGGGGGGAUUCCCUGGGGUCCAGUGCUUAAGUUUGCGGGGCGGGCAGGCGGGCGCGCAGGGAGCACUUGCGAUGAGCUCCCUCGCCCGCAUCCUCGCGGCACGCCGAGGGAGCUGGAAGAGGAAGCACUGAGUGCUCCCUCGCGCGCCGCCCGACCCACCGGCCACCCACCUGCCCGGUGGUCAGCAGGGCCAGCCUCGGGGGCCCUGGGGUGGUCGGCUCCUGGGCCCCCCAGGGGAAGAGGCUGGCCCUGUGGCUACAUACCGGGUCGCAGGGGCGGCCGGGCCCCCUGGUGGGCCGGGCCCGGUCGCAGUCGCGACCCCUGCGACCCUGGUAUGUACGCCAGUGGUCAAUGGCCUGAACGUCCCUAAUAAGAGACACCUCCUCCUCAGGGAAAUAAAAAGGCAAAGAGCUGAUAUUGCAUUCAUACAAGAAACCUACAUACAGCGCUCAUCCCGGGUGCUGGUGGUCGAUAGACAUGUGCAAUUCAUUUUGGUCCGAAUGCGAAUUCGGACGAAAUUCGGGUACUUCCGAAUAGCUGAAUUGCCAAAAUGCCGAAGUUCCAAACUUGCCGAAUUUCCGAAGUGCCGUAGUGCCGUAGUGCCGAUGUUCCGAAGCACAGUAUUGCCUAAGUACUAAUAUACUUACUCAGUGGAAGAAUGAAGAAUGUUACACUGUAUACAAGUUUAAAUAAAAAGUAUACAAACAUAGCCAGGAUUCAGCUGUAAGCAUUUGCAACACUUACAACAAUCAAGUAACACACAUUCAUAUAAAAUGUAAGUUACUUAGCCUGGCAAUGGAAUGACAGGAAUGAAUAAGUAGAUAACUCCCUAACUCCCACGGUAUUAGGGAGUUAUCUACUAAAAGGCUGAAAGACCUAAAUUGGUCUUUCAACCACAUUUACUAAUACUAAGUAAAGAUUACUUAGUAUUAGUAAAUUAUGCCCCUACUCGCUAUACCUCGAGUAGGUGUAUGUCUAGUAAACAUUGAGCAGUGAAAAAAAAACAAAAAAACACGUCCCCCUCCCGAGCUGCGCGAGUAGGGGCUUCUAACCUGAAGAGGGAACCUAUUGCCCCCCCCCCGGCCCCCACCCCUGAACGGCGGGUGGGGCCCUAAAGUAAAAUAGGGUGGUGGACCUAUUGUCCUCCCCCCCGGCCUCCACCCCUGAGCGGCAGGUGGGGGCUGAUGUUAGAAGAAGGGGGGGGACCUAAUGUCCUCCCCCCUGACCCCCACCCCUGAGCGGUGGGUGGGGGCCCUAAAUACCAAUAAUGGGGGGACCUAAUGUCCUCCCCCCUGGCCCCCACCCCUGAGCGGUGUGUGGGGGCCUUAAAUUAGAAUAAGGGGGGACCUAACUCUCUGAUUGGUUACUCUUAAUCCACCAAUCAGAGUGUUGUUAUGAGUCAAAUUACACAGCAUGGGAAAAUUACAAAUAACUAUCCCACGCUGUGUAAAAUGACACAGAACACUCUGAUUGGGUGGAUUUCAAGCCAACCAAUCAGAGUGCUGUGACAGGUAAAUGUAGAGACUUGCCUGUCAGUCUCUUCAUUUACCUGUCAGAGCACUCUGAUUGGAUGGCUUAAACCAACCAACCAGAGUUCUCUGAGCCUAAUUGCAGGGCGGGGAAAGGCUUUAUAAGCCUCCCCCCUCCCUGAAGAGCUCAUUCUGUGCGGAGCCCUCCAUGAGUGAAGAAGGAUUCUUUUUUUUUACGCUCAGGAUUUUUCUUUUUAUUUCUAAUUGCGACGGUCAUUAUGGAUUUUUAUUUGGCCUUUUUUUAAGAAGAUUUUAGAAAAAAGAAAACAUCAAAUGGUAAUUUUUUUUUUUAUUUUUUUUUUUACAAGUACUUAGUUAAUGGUCCCCCCUCAUUACUUUUAGAGUGAGGAGGGUAGGUAGUGGUUCAUUUAUUUUUGGGAGGGGGUGACUAGGGGUUUGGGGACCCCUAGUCACCUGGGGGAUUAAAUUAUUAUUUAGGGCCCCCACCCACCGCUCAGGGGUGGGUGCAGGGGGAGGACAUAAGGUCCCCCCCUUUUUUAGGGCCCCCACCCGCCGCUCAGGGGUGGGGGCCAGAGGGGGCAAUAGGUUCCCCCUUUAGUUUAAAAUCCUCCACUCUCGCGGCUCGGGAUGGGGGACACUUUUUUUUUUUAACAGUGAGCAGCCACUGGCUGUUCACUGUUUAAUAGACAUGCCCCUACUCGUGGUAUAGCGAGUAGGGGCAUAAUUUACUAAUACUAAUUAAUUUUUAGUCCCGAAUUGCCAUAGUCCCACAUUUCGGAAUGCCGAACCGAAAAUUUUCCCCAUGCACAUGCCUAGCUGUCGAUCACAUCUACACGAGUGCCUAUGCCUAUGCCUUUAGGUCUCAGGCAAAGAGGCACGGAGUGGAAAUAGUCAUACACAAAAACUGCUCGUUCCAGGUGCAAACUACACAGAAACAGAUGGUAGAUAUCUAAUCCUCACAGGUACUAUUCAUAACACCACAUAACAUUUGAUCAAUGUAUGUGGGUCUAACAACCCUGAUAACGACUUCUGGUCAAAUCUCGGUACUCUAGUCGCAUCGCUCCCACAUUGGGUGGUGGUGGUGGGGGGAGACAUCAGCGUGACACCGUGCACAGCAAUUGACCGCAGUAUAAAGGGGGGACAGCCAAGAUCACAGGGGAGGGGGGACAAGAUAAACUACUAAAAACUUCAUCGCCCAAAUGGGGCUGCUGGAUCCACAGAGACUCCAGCACCCCAAAGAACAUUCCUUAAGAAUUAAAACAGGCUAAUGGUGUGGUUCUGUUCAAAAGUUUUCAGAGACCAACAACCAAUAGUGUGUGCAAAAAGAUGUUUUGCAAUACACCUAUGCUGAAAGAAUAAGCUUCCAAAUAAUAUCCGAUAGAGGCUUCUCCUGUAACAUAUCAAGUAACACUGUCUCAAAUAGGAGAUGAAUACAAUGUUGCCAAUGCUGCAAGCAUACCGAACCAAAUGUAUCAACAUAGUGAAUAAACGUUUAAACUCUCCAGCUCGCUAAAGUACACUACUAAUUCAUAUAUUUCGUCAUGACAUGAAAUACUGGGUCUCUAAAGAUUUUUCAUAAUAAAGAGAUAAUAUAUAUAACGCAAGCUAGAAGAGAAAAAGUGCUCAGUGGUUAAAACAACUGCGGUAUAAUCUGUUCUGAAUCCACAGUGUGAAAAACCACGAGGUCCCCUGACGCGCGCGUUUCGCCCACCACUCAUCAGAGGGGAACCGAUGUGUGGGGAGAGAUGUUGUUUUAUAUGUUCAGGAGGCGCUAAUACCGCCGAGCAGAUUCAAAAAACAUCAUCAAGGUAUUAACCAAUCAGAGUUUUCCAACGUUUAACUCAACUGGUUACCGAUUGGUUGUCAUCAUCGGUAACUGAGCAGAAGUUUAAUUUAACUCCUUCUAUGCCGGUCCGCGGGCCAAUUGCCAAUGUUUGAUUGCCACCAAUUAUUUUGUCUAAUAAAGACAGGGAAGAACAUAUUGACCGGAUAAGUCUAAAUUGAAGUCCAGUAAUAUCAAAAAUGUUGAGUUUUGUAAAAUAAAAAAUAUAUAUAGGAACAUAAAUGUUUUAAGAUGAUACUACGCUGCUCUAAGAUAUUCAAAAGAGCGACGGAGACACCAAACCUCAAUGCCAACAAAAUUAAGUAAUUUAUCACAAAUCUGUCUAUUCAUAUAAGUGACAACGAACCUAUACUUUGAAUAAAUUCAUCUUCAGGGGUACAAAAAAAUAGCCGAGAAGUCCGUUCUUAGGGUAUCCAUGUAAAGAACACUAUAUACAUAUGUGUUACCUACAAAUGACAACAGAACCCCUAUAUAGAGUAAAUACCAAGGAUAAUCCAGAGGGGAGGCACUCAGUUUAGAUUAUAAUGUUACCUAUUCGAAAAGCCGUUGGGUGAUGAUGUUUAUAUCGAAAACAAAUUCUUAAUAUAUUGAAAGUGUAACAUUUUAUGAGAUUAGUAUUCCUAGAUACAGAGUGUAAUCCACUCCGGAAAACAUUCAGAGAUGGUAUAUCAAUGCUCAAUAGUUAUUCAAAAGAGUGGUAGUGCAUGACGUUAGUAUGCCAGCAAUUAAAGAAGACCUUAUCAAAACCCUAGGAGCCCCAAUAACAAGUGAAGAGGUAGAUAUAGCCAUAUCAGCCCUAAGAGGCAACAAAGCCCCAGGCCCAGAUGGCUUUGACAGUACCUACUACAAAGUCUUCUGAGAAAACCUGAAACCUUAUCUAACCAAGGUCUACAAUGACUGGAGGGAAGGGAGCACCACAAACAAAGAUUUACUGACAGCUGACAUCACCGUGAUCCCCAUGCCAAGCAGGGACGAGACCCAAGUCCAACACUACAGACUGAUUUCACUGAUAAACUUUGACAUCAAAAUAUAUGCAAAACUCCUAGCCUCUAGGUUAAACCCAGUCUUGAACAAGCUGAUCCACCUAGACCAGGUGGGAUUCGUGCCUAAUAGGCAACUGUAUGAAAAUACCAGAGGAAGAGUGGAUCUCAUCUGGUGGGCACUCACAAAGCAAACACCUUCUCUGGUCCUCUCCUUGGACACGAAGAAGGCAUUUGACCGGGUGCAAUGGCAUUACCUAUUUGCCCACAACGCAUUACUACAACACAUCAGCCUGCCACAGUCCUUUAUCACAGCAGUAAAGGUGCUUUACUUGGACCCGCAAGCAUAAGUAUCUAUCCCAGGAUCAGGGAAUAACCCAUUUAAAGUCAGCAACGGCACAAGGCAAGGAUGCCCCCUGUCUUCCCUCCUCUUUGUCAUUGCCCUGGAGCCACUUUUACACUUUAUCAGAACACACCCAGAGAUCCGGGGCCUAACAGCUGCAAACCAAGGAAUUCAAGGUGUCAGCCUAUGCGGAUGAUGCAUGCUUACUCUCCGCAACCUGGUGGCUUCCCUCCCCUCGUUGCUAGACCUUCUGGAUACAUAUGCAAAAGUAUCAGGUUAUAAGAUUUUUUUUUUUUUUUUUUUUUUUACAUUUACCAUCUAUACUUUAUUGGAAUGGUGAAGUAAAUAUUUGGCGUACAUGACACAAAAUUAAACACAUUUUUACAAGAAUUUAAGUCUGGGCAUAUUUUUUUUUUUUUUCGAUUUUAAAAAAGGCUUUAUUCAAACAUAAGCAUUUCAGGGUAUGCCCUGAUCCGUGUACAUUAGCAAGUAUCAGUUGAUUGAACAAGUAAAUAACAAAUAACGGACUCGCAGGUCUCAACAUUAAGUGUGCAGACAACACUCAAACAAUGUUACUUAGUAUUUCUAUAUGACAUUUGGUCACGUUUAACACGUUAAGACAUACAUAUGAGUGAUCGGAAUGCGGCUUGAAUAGAGGGAUAUUCAUAAGUUUGUGCCUUGCGUCUGUUUUAUGUGAUCCUCUAGUAUUACCUUAUCACCCUUAAGCCUCAUUCUCUUUGGGGUAGUGAGGUCUAUUGGUCCGUCGUCAUGUCAGAUGUCGUUCAGGGACUUGUCUUACUCGUGUCGUAUAGUUGCGUGAUGAGGAUGUUUGCGUACAUUUUGACGUGCAAAUGUGAGUGAGUGACACAAUUGUGGGCAAUCUCAGAUUAAGGCGGGCUACGUUUAUCAUAUAACUUAUAAUGAAGCUAUUGUUGGGGAGUUUUAAAGAGAAGAUGAGUGUUAAUUGAGGAAGAAGUAAGAGAAAAGGAGGGGGGGAAGAGGAGGGGAGAGCUAGGUGAGGGGGGAUAGGGGAGUAUGAAGGGAGAGGUGGUCCCGUCAUCCGUGACCACGGCGUAGUAUGUAUCGGACCAGGCAUCAGUCCCCGUCUGUGGGUGGUCCUGGGGCUCCUUGGGGUUGCGAACGGCCGUUGCUAUCUGUGUUUCGGUCUGCUAUGUAGAGUAGCCACGGGCGCCACCUCUCCAAAUGCUUGUCUUCUAGUCCUCGUAGUGUAGCCUGUAUUAAUUCCGCUCUAUAUAUUUCUUCCACCCGUUCCAACCAUUGUCUUAUCGUCGGGGUAAUCGUUUGUUUCCAGUAUAAUGGAAUUAGUGCCUUGGCUGCGUUGAUUAGGUGUCUACGAAUGUUUUUCCUGUAUGUGCUUAUGGGAUCCGAUGUUGAGUGUAGGAGGACUGCCUCUGCGUUGAGGUUUCCUUCCGUCCCUGUGAGAUCCCUUAUUUUCUGUAUAACUUCGUCCCAGAAUGGCUUAAUGAGCGAGCAUUCCCACCAUAUGUGCAGUGGCGAACCACGUUCAUCUCCGCAUCUCCAGCAUAUGUCAGGUACAUUCGGGAAGAUCCUGUGUAGACUGUCGGGCGUUCUGUACCAGAAUGAGAGAAGUUUAUAGUUGGUUUCUUGAUAUUGGGAGCUCGAUGAGCAUUUAUGGUGUAAUAUGAGGAUCUUUUCCCAUUGGGAUGUGGUGAAAGAUGUAUUUAGCAUGCGUUCCCAGCGUCUGCGGAAUUGGUCGUUGUUAGUGAGGUGCCCCACGAGUACGUGUUGGUAUAGCAGGGAUAUCGCUUUACCUAGAGUAGUCUUGUGAUCGCAGAGCGUUUCGAACCAUGUCAAGUCCCUGUGUAACUUUUCCUUGUCUGGAAGUGUCCGGUAAUAUGUUCUGAGUUGUAUAUAACGGAGGGUCUGUAGGCUAGUGGGUUGGUCACCCUCUAUUAGGUCCCUCAGGGGGAUCAUAUCUGCGUUAGUCAACACCUUAUGUAUGGGGUGUGAUUCCCUCUAUCCCAGGAAGGACCAUGCUGUCCGUGGUAGUCCUCCCCCUAUCUGGGGGUUGUAUUGUAUCUGGAUCAUCGGGCUCGGUGCUGGAGAGACGUGAGUAGCUUUUCUGAUAUAGUCCCACGUUUUCAGUGUCUGUGCCACGGUAGAGGAUGGUUCCAAAUUCGUCUGCGGCAUCUUCUUCUUAUUCCACACUGAUGUCAAGAAGGAGGGGCCUAUAUGUUGUUUGUCCAAUUCGAUCCAUUGUUUAUGUUCCGGUUGGGUAUGCCAUUCCAGGACGCGUUGUAGUACUGUCGCGUGGUGGUAUUUGCGGAGGUCAGGGAGUGCCAAUCCCCCCCAUGCUCGGGGUAGGCAGAGGACUUCCUGUCGUAGUCUUGCCUGUUUCCCAUGCCAGAUGAACUUCACCAUCGCGGAACGUAGUGACGCGAAAUAUGCCGUCGGUAGAGCUUGUGGAAUCGUCUGGUAUAAAUAUAACAGCCGUGGUAGAAUAUUCAUCUUAAGUAUUGCGAUCCGGCCUAACCAGGAGAUGUGUGGAUAUGUCCACGUUUUCAAAUCUUGUUGGAUUCGUUGUAGUAGUGGUAGGAAGUUUGUACGAUACAUGUCGUCCAGGUCUCUGGUUAUUGCGAUACCUAGAUACCGCAUAUGGUUUGCGCACCAUCUAAACGGAAAUUGGUUCUUCAGUGUGGAUGUUUGGGCCGUUGGGGUGGUAAUGUUAAGCACUUCACAUUUAUUCAUGUUCAGUUUGAAUCCUGAGACCUCCCCGUAAUCCGUGAUCAUAGUGACUAAGUGUGGCAUUGUUGCCUCCGGUUCCGUGAUAAAAAAUAAGAGGUCAUCUGCGUAUGCUGCUACUUUGUGUGUUGUGUCCCCGCUUUUGAAGCCUUUGAUUGUAUCCGAUGUGCGCACCGCUUCCAGGAACGGUUCGAGAGCUAGGGCGAAGAGCAUGGGGGAGAGUGGGCAUCCCUGUCUUGUCCCAUUGUGGAUCUGGAAGGAGUCGGUAAGCGCUCCGUUCACUCUCACCUUCGCAUUGGGGCAGUGGUAGAUCGCAUCAAUCCAUUUCAUCAUGUUCUCUCCGAAGCCCAUUUCCCGUAGCGUGGUCAUAAGGAAUGUCCAGUCAACCCGGUCAAAUGCUUUUUCCGCAUCCGUUGACAAUAGAAGGAGCUUAUCUGUUGAUUUCUUUGCCAGGUGAUGGAUGGCCUGCACUCUAAGAGUGCUGUCCCUGGCUUCUCUCCCUGGGAUGAACCCCGUCUGGUCUGGGUGGACCAAUCUCGGAAGCAUUUUCCCUAUUCUGGUGGAUAGUAUUUUAGUGAGGAGUUUCACGUCCACAUUUAGCAGUGAUAUCGGUCUAUAGCUACUGCAGAGUUCGGGAUCCUUCCCAGGUUUCGGGAGAACCGUUAUAGUUGCCGCUAAUGAUUCGGGUCCGAGUCGGGCGCCGUCUAUCAAGGCGUUAAAUGAGUUGGUGAGUCUCGGGAGCAGUAGGGUUCGGAACUUUUUAUAGUAGUCCAAGGUAAAGCCAUCAGGACCUGGGGCCCGUCCCGUUUUGGCGGUCUUGAGUGCCCCUGCAACUUCUGCCUCCGUAAUCGGUAUAUCCAGGGACUCCGAUUCCCCUUGCUGCAACCUCGUCUUCAUGUGUGAUUCGAUAUAACUCCUUAUUCUAUCCCGUCUGAGUGUUACCUCCUCCGGUAGUGUGGGUCCCGGGAUGUUGUAUAACGAGGCGUAAAAUGUGCGAAACUCGGAUGCUAUUUUGUCCGGGAAUUGUGUGAUCGUGCCAUCUGAUGUCCGUAGUUUAUGUACCUGGGUCAUGCCUUGGGGGCCUCUAAGCAUUCUGGCCAGCAGUCGCCCUCCUUUGUUGGCGUGUUGGUAAAAGAAGGCCUUCGAUCGUUGUAUGGAGCUAUAGUGUCGUUUCGUCAUGUGUGUAUGUAGAGAUCUUCGAGCUUCCAAUAAUUCUUUAUACGUCCCCUCGAGUUGUGAACGUUUAUGUUGCAGUUCAAGCGUAGUUAUGCGCGUUAGCAGGUCUGUUAUAUGUUUCCGAGAUUCUCUCUUCUUCUGAGAAGCUAGGCGCAUCAGUGUCCCUCUGAGCACACUUUUGUGCGCUUCCCAUAUCGUGGUCGCGGGAAGAUCACCUGUCUCAUUCAGUGUGAAAUAGGAGGUGAGUUCCUCGGAAACCUUUUCCUUCACUGAUGGGUCCAAGAGUAAUGAGUCCUGGAGUCGCCACGACCUAGUGGUUGGGCGUACCCUAGGGGAGUCCAUUUGCAGGGUCACAGGACCAUGAUCCGACCAGCUUGCUGUUCCGAUUUCUGCUGUUUGGAUAGCGUCAAGAUGUUCCUGUUGAAGGAAAAUGUAGUCAAUCCUUGCGUAUCGCUUAUGUAUCACCGAGUAGUGAGUGUAUUCCCUGUCUUCCGGGUGCAUCGCUCGCCAGCAAUCCACCAGCCUAAGGUUCUUUAGUGUUUUUUGAAUGCUUCGGAUGGCUCCUUGGGUGAUGCUGCUAUGUCCCGUGGAUGAAUCUAUGAGAGGGAUGAGGGGAACAUUAAUAUCUCCUCCAACGAUUAACGUGCCCUCCGUGAAUGAGGAGAGGUUGGAGAGAGAUUUACGUAUGAAGUGUGAUUGGUUGUUGUUUGGUGCGUAUAUCGUCACGAGGGUGUACCUACGGUUUUGUAUGUCUCCCUUAAUGAACAGGUAUCUGCCAUUAGGGUCAACCAGUCGCUCCACUUCCUGGAACUGUAGUUGAGCAUGGGUGAGAACUGCUACACCAGCCUUACGUGCAGUCGGGUGGUUGCUGAGAGCCGCAGUGGGGUAGUGUUUGCUCUUCAACGGCGGAGCAUGUCCUUCCUUAAAGUGUGUUUCCUGUAGGAAAGCAAUCGAUAUGCGCUUAGAGGUAAGCUCUCGGAGAAGGUGCGAUCUGCGCUCCGGGAUAUUUAGGCCCCUGCAGUUCAUGGUUGUGAUGCGUAGAGGGUCAGGUUUGUAGGCCAUUUGCGAUUGGUGGGGGUGGUUCGCCAUGUCCUUUAACGUUUUGUUUACUCUUCUAGUCGGUGCCUGGUGUCGGGUGCUGCCCCGUCUCUUUUAGGAAAUGCCGUGGGCACGGAGGUGGCAGGGGGGGGUGACGGUAGUGUAGAAGUUGGGUAGGGGCGGUUGGAUCAGAGUCGUAUGGGGAGGGAUGAGGUAGGGUGGAGUUUGAGAAAAGAUGUAGAGAGUCCCCUAGGCAGGGGUAUGAAGGUAGAGGUAGGUUAGCCGUCCCCAGAGGGGGACAGUACGGCACCUAGAGGUAGGUGUCAAAAAUCCCUCCUGUGAGGGUUGGUUCGCGUGACCACGGUAGCAGUCAGUAGUCGGGUCUGUCAGAGAAUAUCUAACGACCUCCAACUAUCGACUCUCCGUGGUUCGAAUUUGUUCACGCGGACUUGGCGGGGGUUAGUGGUCUAGUCUUCGCGCGUUCCCACCACGUACGGUGUAUCUACUGUUUGUCGUUACAGGUAUAUAAGUCCGAGAUUACCCAGUGGGUGUGCCACCAGUGUGGGAGCAUUUGAGUGUCGUUAGCGUUAGUGUGAGUAAUGGGUCUAGUCUGGUGGUAUCAGCAGUUAUUAGUAUUGUCGCUUUUCGUAUCCUUGGUUGAUGUAGUGCUAUCGAGUGGUGGAGUGUUUUUAGGCUGUAUGGUCGGUGCCAGGGUCAGGGUCUAUAUCGGAUCGGGGCAAAUUCCUGUGUCUGGGGUAGGGCAGAGUCCUGGUGUGGCAUGACUGUCACGUAAUGUGCGGGAUGUUUGGUUCGCUCUGGGGGUAAGUGGUGUCAUCUCCCCCAAUUUCAAUGAGAUAGCUGUCCCGGUCAAUAUUGUGGUGAACAAUUCAAAAUGUGCAUCAUAUCUCACAGUACAUUCCCUCCCCACCCAAACCGCAGAACAAAACAUAUAUACAUCAGUUGCAGCAUUGGAUCCCCUUCGUGUACCUCCUAGUUCCCAUCUUCCUCUUGCAGCACCCUCGUCUCAUGUUGGUGUACCUGUGUGUGACCGUAUCUAGGCCUGGGGGGGGACGGGGUGAUAUCGUGUAUAGCGGUUCCUACCUAGAUCUGCUGUGGUCAUGAGCUAUCUGCAUCAGGUGUCCUACGCUAAGGGAUUCUAAAUUCCACCCUCCCAUUCUCCCGUAUCCUCCCCCACUCCACCAGUUUGAACUGUUGGCCUAGGAAUACAACAAUCAGUGUCUCGCUGGAUCUAAACUACCCCCCAUGCAGCCCAAUACAGUCCCACAAAUCCCUCCCCCCUGUCUGCACCCAGCGUAGGUCCGCAACAUGCAGCCAGCCCAGCGUUCAUCAUUCCCCCCUGAACCUGUUAGCACGAGUCCUCCAGAGUGUCGUGUCUCUGCCAGUGCAGGUAUCCAGUUCUGGAUCAUAUUCUUUUGUCGGUUCCUUGUAGGUGCGGUGGCAAGUCCAGCCAAGGGAUCCGACUCGUGAUUCUUCAGCUUCCCUGGGUUCCCAAUGUGGCUAUCACAAGCCUUCCCCCCCUCCCAAGAGAGUCUCGUGAUAGUGCCAACCCCGUGUGCCACAGGCUAUGGAAAGGUGGGUAUAAAGUGGGGAGUAUCUUGGCCGGUGGGGCCUAGUAGAACUGGUACCAACAGUUCCAUCUCCUGUGGUCAAGAGCCUGUUAUGUCCCUCCUAGUCCCCAUCUAGAUUGUGUGGGUCGCUGGGUGUGCGCACACCAGAGGUAGCGUGCGGAGUUGGCUCCUUGGGUCAGUGGGUUGUGGGUAAUGAGUUCUGUCUGCGGGGCGUCGGUUGCGUCUACAUCUUUUCAGGUAACCUGAUCAUAGGUGUCACAGAGAGACGAGCCCGGUGCCAUCGGUGCUUGGCUAUUCUUCUGGGUUAGAUGGGUGUGAAGGUGCUUCGUGUAUGCGGUUUUCCCUUGGGCCUCUCCGUGAGUGCCUUGGUUGUCUUUGUGGUCUGGGUUCUCGGUCCAGUGGUUCCAGGAUCCAGUCUGGGAUAGCUAUGGGCGGGAGGUCCAGCCGUUGGAGAAAGCGUGGUAUUUCGUCCGGCCAGCGCGCCACGACCCAUUCGUUUUGGUGUCUCACUUGGAUGCUAAAUGGGAAGCCCCAUUUGUACGGGAUAUUGCGUUCCCUUAGUGCUGUAGUGAUAGGUCUAAGAGCGCGUCUAGCCUCCAACGUGGUAGGGGAGAGGUCAUUAUAGAGGGAGACUUCCGUUUCUUGAUAACGCCACGUGGGUCGAGCCCUAGCCCGUUGCAUUAUGCGAUCUUUAAGGGGAAAUGAGUGUAAGCAGCAUAUAAUGUCUCUGGGGUCCCCAUCUCUGAUUCUGGGUCUCAGUGCCCUAUGUGCACGCUCAAAGCGUAUAUUUGGUGGUGCGUCAGGUCCCAGGAUUUGGAGGAAGAGCGCGGUGAGCAGCUCUUCUACAUUUUCCUGCCCCUCACCCUCUGGAACCCCUCUUACCCGGAUGUUUGAGCGGCGGCUCCGGUUAUCUAGGUCCUCUAUUUGCCUGCGCUGGGCCAGCAGCAUGUUGCCCUGCCUUGUCAAGGCUGUGUCAGCAGCAGUUGCACGGCGUUGUGAUUCUAGGGCCUGUGUUUCCAGCAUUUGGAUGCGUCCAUCUUGUGCCUCCAUAUCUGUGCGCAGUGCUGAGACUGCUGACGUGAGGGAGGCCGUGAGGGUGGCUGUGAGGGACUGCAGGUCGGCUUUGGUUACCAUAUUGGCUGCCAGUCGUCUGAUUUCAGCUCCUAUGUCAGCCAGAGUAGGCUGGUCGGGUUCCGAGCAGGAGGAGGCUGGGGAGACGGGCGCCAUCUUGGAGCCGUGUGCCUCGCGGCUCGGUCCCUGCGAGGUUUGCAGGAACCCGUCCAUCGGUCCUGACGGCGGUGCCGGUGGAGCUGCCCUGGGGGUAUGUUGGGGCUCUUGCCUUUUUGUGCGCCCCAUUUAGGCAGGCUGGCGGUCGGUAAGUGGCUGAUGGUAGCUAGGUGGCAGGGAGCUCGGGACUUACACGUCCAUGUCUGUCGGACUUCAGGCCACGCCCCCCAUCAGGUUAUAAGAUUAGCCUAGACAAGUCAGCAGCGAUGCUGAUAGUCAUGACACGGAAGGAGGCAGUGUUGCUGGGGAGGAGACAGGGUCUGAAAAUCAACUUCCACUCACUCAAAUACUUAGGAACAACAUUAAAAGCCGAUCCCACCAAGUUAUACUCAGAUAAUUUCACAACACUGACAAAAACACUAACACAAGAUUUACAAAAAUGGGAUGAGAAACCCAUAUCAUGGAUAGGGAGAUUACAUGCAGUAAAAAUUAAUCUACUGCCGCGACUGCUAUUUCUGUUCCAGGCCCUACCAAUUAAAGUGAGUAAAAGAGACCAAAGCUAUUUACAGAGUAUGACAACUUCAUUUGGGCAGGGAAACAACACAGAGUAGCCAGACAUUUAUUGCACCGACCCAAGACACACAGAGGGCUAGGCUUCCCAAUCCUUUAUCUUUAUUAUCUAGCCGCACAAGUAGCACAAAUAGUAGCAUGGCACUCCGCAACUGACGCACACAAAUGACUGUAUCUUGGAACAUCGCUAAUGGGAACGCCAUUUUCUAAUAUGGGUACGCAAAACGCAAAGACCGAAUCUGAGCACGACUUGCCCGGCUAUAUUGAAUUUCAUACAAAUCUGGGACCUAGGAAAGUCUUCUGAGAAAACCUGAAACCUUAUCUAACCAAGGUCUACAAUGACUGGAGGGAAGGGAGCACCACAAACAAAGAUUUACUGACAGCUGACAUCGCCGUGAUCCCCAUGCCAAGCAGGGACGAGACCCAAGUCCAACACUACAGACUGAUUUCUCUGAUAAACUUUGGCAUCAAAAUAUAUGCAAAACUCCUAGCCUCUAGGUUAAACCCAGUCUUGAACAAGCUGAUCCACCUAGACCAGGUGGGAUUCGUGCCUAAUAGGCAACUGUAUGAAAAUACCAGAGGAAGAGUGGAUCUCAUCUGGUGGGCACUCACAAAGCAAAUGCCUUCUCUGGUCCUCUCCUUGGACGCGAAGAAGGCAUUUGACCGGGUGCAAUGGCAUUACCUAUUUGCCCAUAACACAUUACUACAACACAUCGGCCUGCCACAGUCCUUUAUCACAGCAGUAAAGGUGCUUUACUUGGACCCGCAAGCAUAAGAAUCUAUCCCAGGAUCAGGGAAUAACCCAUUUAAAGUCGGCAACAGCACAAGGCAAGGAUGCCCCCUGUCUUCACUCCUCUUUGUCAUUGCCCUGGAGCCACUUUUACACUUUAUCAGAACACACCCAGAGAUCCGGGGCCUAACAGCUGCAAACCAAGGAAUUCAAGGUGUCAGCCUAUGCGGAUGAUGCAUGCUUACUCUCCGUAACCCGGUGGCUUCCCUCCCCUCGUUGCUAGACGUUCUGGAUACAUAUGCAAAAGUAUCAGGUUAUAAGAUUAGCCUAGACAAGUCGGCAGCGAUGCUGAUAGUCAUGACACGGAAGGAGGCAGUGUUGCUGGGGAGGAGACAGGGUCUGAAAAUCAACUUCCACUCACUCAAAUACUUAGGAACAACAUUAAAAGCCGAUCCCACCAAGUUAUACUCAGAUAAUUUCACAACACUGACAAAAACACUAACACAAGAUUUACAAAAAUGGGAUGAGAAACCCAUAUAAUGGAUAGGGAGAUUACAUGCAGUAAAAAUGUAUCUACUGCCGCGACUGCUAUUUCUGUUCCAGGCCUACCAAUUAAAGUGAGUAAAAGAAACCAAAGCUAUUUACAGAGUAUGACAACUUCAUUUGGGCAGGGAAACAACACAGAGUAGCCAGACAUUUAUUGCACCGACCCAAGACACACAGAGGGCUAGGCUUCCCAAUCCUUUAUCUUUACUAUCUAGCCGCACAACUAGCACAAAUAGUAGCAUGGCACUCCCCACUGACGCACACAAAUGAGUGUAUCUCGGAACAUCGCUAAUGGGAACGCAAUUUUCUAAUAUGGGUACCCAAAACGCAAAGACCGAAUCUGAGCACGACUUGCCCGGCUAUAUUGAAUUCCAUACGAAUCUGGGACCUCACGGCCCAAAAAUACUCGCUUAAACACACCUCUUCCCUCCUGACACCGUACUUACACAACAGGGCCUUUGAGCCUGGGAUUACCGCUAGGGACUUCAGGGGUAUAGAGGCAUAGGGGAUGCAAAGAUACUUCCAAAUGUAUGAACAGGGCACGUUCAGGUCAUUCGUCGAUCUAAAUACACUAGCACCGCUAAAUAUCAAAGAUUACUUCGGGUACAUCCAACUUAGGGACUUUGCCAGAGACCAACAAGUAAAGACAGCAGCACAGACCCCCAUGACUUUUUACAAAAAACUAUGUAUAACAGAAGCCAAACAUAAAGGCCUGAUCACCACAGUUUAUACAUAACUCAGCGCCCCAGAAAAAGACGCAGACGAGCUUCGAUACAUCGCCGAAUUGGAGGCAGACCUGUCACAAACACUAGACAGGGGAGACUGGGUGGAUAUCUGGGAGGCGGACAAAAAAUGCUCAAUAUGUGUCACGCUCCAGGAGCAACCACACAAAAUGCUCAUGAGGUGAUACACAACACCAGAGAAACUUUUCCGCAUGGGUAAAACAACUACAGAUGAAUGCUGGAGACAAUGUGGGAACAAAGGCACUUUUACACACAUGUGGUGGACCUACCCAAAAUUAGCUAGUUUCUGGGUUCUAGUCAGAGACUUCCUUACAGUAGUGAUACAAAGACAAAUAGACGUAGAGUCCUAGAUGUUUCUGUUUUCCAGACCGGUAAUGGGCCUGACCACCAAAGAACAAAAGUUGCAUAACAAUAUCACGUUAGCAGCAUGACGAGCAAUAGCCCAAUCCUGGCUCAACAGCACCAUACCCACCAUAGACCAGGUCAUUCUCAAAGUAAAAGAUCACUUAUGGAAAAACUAACAGCUCAGGUUAGAAACACAGAGCGGGCUUUCACAAAGAUCUGGCAACCCUGGGAGGAAUAUCUAGAAUGCUAAAAGCCCAGAGGUAAUGGGGAAAAAAGAGGCCUCGGACAAACAGGGGUUCCUCACGUGUAAGUCUCAACAAAGGAGUCAGGAUCCGUCCCUCCCUCGCUUUUCCCCUCAGUUCCCCCUCCACAAUUGUCUGCCCCUCCCGCCUUCCUACUGCUAACCUCUCCCCCCUCAUCCUCCCUCUAUCUUUUCUUUUUCACACCCCCAGAUAAACCAAAGAAAAACUCAUACAGGAGAAAGUACACAGUGUAAAGUCAUACUCGUAGCGAGUGCUAACACACAAGGUCCUAAGAGCAUGUACAAGCCUACUUACGGCAGGUGAUUAAUACGUCCUGCAUGUAUGAAAUGUAAACAUCCUAUGAACCUACUCUGCUCUGCUACACCAUAUACCAGCUGACACCACUACAUAUCUUGUACCUGAUGUAUGUAUACAGUCUCGAAGAUGUAACACAACCAAAUAUGUAACCUACUUUGAUUGUUAAGCUGCAUCUAUCAAAGACCUGUACACUCUAACCUUUGUGCACUGAUACGAGAUGUCUAACUAUUGGUCAUAAAUCUUCCUGUGCUCAAAAAUAUUUGAAAAAAUACUUCUUGUGCUCCAUUGCAAGAAGCACAAUAUGUUAGAGUGCUCAUAGUGUCCCCUUGAUACAGUCUUUCUUUAUCAGAGGUCCCAAUGUCAAACCUCCACUUUAAAGAGACAGGAAGGAAAGCGUUUCAUACAAAGUUCUUUGCUACUGUUUUACAAGUAUUAAAGGACCACUAUAGUGCCAGGAAAACAUACUCGUUUUCCUGGCACUAUAGUGCCCUGAGGGUGCCCCCACCCUUAGGGACUCCCUCCCGCCGGGCUCUGGGGAGAGGAAGGGGUUAAACUUACCUCUUUCUCCAGCGCCGGGCGGGGAGCUCUCCUCCUCCUCUCCGCCUCCUCUCCUCCUCUUCGGCUGAAUGCGCAUGCGCGGCAGGAGCAGUGCGCGCAUUCAGCCAGUCUCAUAGGAAAGCAUUCAUAAUGCUUUCCUAUGGACGCAUGCGUCUUCUCACUGAUUUUCACAGUGAGAAGCACGCAAACGCCUCUAGCGGCUGUCAAUGAGACAGCCACUAGAGGCUUUAGAGGCUGGAUUAACCUAUUUAUAAACAUAGCAGUUUCUCUGAAACUGCUAUGUUUAUUUAAAAAAAAGGGUUAACCCUAGCUGGACCAGGCACCCAGACCACUUCAUUAAGCUGAAGUUGUCUAGGUGCCUACAGUGGUCCUUUAAGGGUGAUAAGGAAGUGACCUCCAGCAGCUGAUGUGUCAGCCUAUAAAACUAUACAAUAGAAUAGCCAAUAGCACAUCUGUAUUGUCCCUCAGAGGACAAGUCAGAAAUAAACCUCACUUGCAUGCACAGCAAAACUUACUGUUUUCAAGUUUUCUCCAGUACUUUUCUAGAACAUGACAAAUUGCAAUGCUCCAACAUGCCUUUAUACACAUUGCUUUUUUGACCUUGCCAACGUCACUGUAAAAUGUGUGGUUAGAAUCCAUGAAUUUAGGUAAAUUCACCACUCACUUGAGAGCUACUAUAAAUUACUGUCAGCUGACGAAGUUAUUUUAUUUUUGCAUGAGAUGGAUCUAUAAGCACUUAGGUUGCCCAUCAGAUAAAAUAAUUAUCACAGAGGUUUUGGAACCUAUCAUGAUCGCUAACAUUGGAUAUAUUAUAAUAGUAUUUCAUUAUAUUUGCUUUACCUUACAGAAUACUUAAAAUUUUACAUUCAAGGAUUGGUAUUAGUGUUCAUAUUAUAUUUUUCUUUAGGGGUUAUUUGACAAAAUGGCUUGCUAAAUCUAGAGCAAAGUUGGCAAAAUAGGAAAGUAGAUAAAAACCAAUCACUUUUUCACUAUUCUACUUUUCCACCAGCGUCUUGUCAGGGGCUUCCUGAUUCAAGUCUCAGACAUGGAGUGGAGGUUCAUGGGCACAACAACCAAGCACCAGCUUAAAGACUUUGGGGUAAACUAGUUGUUAAGCUGGUGUACAAGAUCAUCUUGCACCAUAACAACUUUAUUCUGCUAAAGUUGUUAUAUCCAGUGUGCCCUUUAAAUACUUAAAAUUUUUGCAAAAUCAGUUACUGUGACGUUACAGUCAAUUUACUAAUAGUCAAUGUGUCCUGUAUUUUGUUUUGUAGAGACUUGGAGAGCCAAUUCCACAAAUGAAAAACUGCUGUAUACAGACAAAGGCUACGCUGUUAAAUGUAAAAAUACUCCAACUAUAAAAUUUAAAAAUGAUUUGAAUCUUGUGAUGGCUGAAGUAAAACUCCAAGCUUUUGACCUUAACAACGGAGAGUUUGGUAAAGGUAGGUGGAGUUAUUUCAGAAUAAAAAUUGGUGAUUACCAUAUCUGAUGACCACGAUGAUGAAUACUGUUCAACUUUAAGUGUAAAGGACCAGCUUUGUCUCUCGGCAUAUUUAGAUAAACUUGUAUAACUAACUGUACAUUAAAACUACUUAUUCAAUAGAAAAAAUAGUCUUCCAUUGCUCUCAUGCUACAGUUUGGGUUAUUGGGGUCUCUCCCUCGCCUUACACAUAGUCAGCGUAUGAACUAAUACUUAUUUAUUUAUUACGGCCAUUUAUAAAACACCAGAAUAUUCCUUAGCACUGUACAAUUAGGGGAGAACAUACAACAUGCAUAGACGAAAACAAAAGGUAAAGAAGACAAAUAGACGUAGAGCCCUGGAUAUUUCUGUUUUCCAGACCGGUAAAGGGCCUGACCACCAAAGAACAAAAGUUGCAUAACAAUAUCACGUUAGCAGCAAGACGAGCAAUAGCCCAAUCCUGGCUCAACAGCACCAUACCCACCAUAGACCAGGUCAUUCUCAAAGUAAAAGAUCACUUAUGGAAAAACUAACAGCUCAGGUUAGAAACACCGAGCGGGCUUUCACAAAGAUCUGGCAACCCUGGGAGGAAUAUCUAGAAUGCUAAAAACCCAGAGGUAAUGGGGAAAAAAGAGGCCUCGGACAAACAGGGGUUCCUCACGUGUAGGUCUCAACAAAGGAGUCAGGAUCCGUCCCUCCCUCACUUUCCCCCUCAGUUCCCCCUCCACAAUUGUCUGCCCCUCCCUCCUUCCUACUGCUAACCUCUCCCCCUGCUAGAUCACUGUGAGCAGGGAUCUAGCCAUUGAAGCCAAGGGUGGACUGACAACUCAUGGGGCCCCUGGGCAAUAGGAGAUCACAAGAUCCAUGUACCCACCAAAUUGCCCACCUGGUGUACCCACCAAAUUGCAAGAGACAUAAAUAUACAUCACACCCACAUACAUGUGUUACAGAAAGGGUUGUAAUAUGGGAGGGAAGAGGCUUCAGUGGAGGACAGGAGUCGUAGUGUGUGAGAAUAGGGCUGUAGUGGGAAGAUAAGGGCUGUAAUGGGCAACAAGGGCUCUAAUGGGGGAAAAGGCGCUGUAAUUGUGGAUAGAGACUGUAGUGUAGUUUUUGGUAGUUGUGGGGGACAGGGACUGUAGUGGGGUAGUUUUUAGGUCCUCAGCCUGUCUCCUCCUGUUAAAAAGUUAUUUUACUCCCUUUUUGACCUCAAGUAGAGCAGGUGUUGGUGUAAGAUUUAUUUUAGGUCCACCUAUCGUAAGGAUUGAAAAAAAGGUAGAUCCCCAUCUUUCGUACAACUACCACAAUACUUUGCCAGAUGGAUAUCUACCAUUUACCCAUCCUUGUUGUACUUAGCCCUGAGCAAUGUUUGUAUGUAUCUGUAAGCAUGUUUUGAAUGGAGUAUGUGUUUGUGAAUGUAGGGGUGUAUUUGUGUGUAGUGUUUGCCUUUGAAUGUAGGGGUGUGUCUGUAUGUAGUGUUGAUAUUUGAAUGCAGGGGUGUAUUUGUGUGAAGUGUUGGUGUUUGAAUGCUUUUUGACACAAAAAGAUACACAGUUGCACAGAUACACUAAUACACGUACAGAUACACAUACACAACAACACAUAUACAGAUACACAGACACACACAUUGACAUAGAUACACAGACACACACAUUGACACAUAGAUUCACAGACACACACUAACACACAUAAUGAUACACACACACUAACACGCAUACAGAUACACAAACACACUAAUACACAUACAGAUACAGACACACACUAACAUACAUACAUAUAUAGAUACACAUACACAUAUACAGACACACACUAACACGCAUACAGAUACACAAACACACUAAUACACAUACAGAUACCGACACACACUAACAUACAUACAUAGACACACAUACAGAUAUACAGACACACUUACACACAUACCGAGACACAGACACACACUAACAUACAUACAGAUACACAGACACACACUAACACACAUACAGAUACACAGACACACACUAACAUACAUACAGAUACAUAGACACACUAACACAUACAGAUACACAGACACACACUAACAUACAUACAGAUACAUAGACACACUAACACAUACAGAUACACAGACACACACUAACAUACAUACAGAAGCACACAAACUAACAUACAUACAGAUACACAGACACACACAAACACAUACAGAUACACAGACACACACUAACAUACAUACAGACAGGGGCGGACUGAGAACCCUCAGGGCCCCCGGGCAAAAUAAAUCAAGGGCCCCCUUAUAGGCCCCACCCAUGCUCCACAGCAAGCCCCACCCUUGUCCUGCCUCCAGCCACACCCUACACAAUCUUUAGACACAAGGAACAACAGUGCAAUAAUCCACUCGAGGCCCCAGUAGAGACUACGAUUGAGGGCUAAUGGGCCAUGGAGAGGGUUCUUUCUAGCAGAGGCUAUCUCAGUGUCCUUUAGAGAGAAAGAAUCCCCUCCAGGCCCCAUUAGAGACUACAAUGGAGUCUAAUAGGCUUGGAAGGGGGUCUUUCUAGGAGAGGCCAUCUCAGCGUCCAUUAGAGAGCCUCUGUUAGAAACGGUCGCCUCCAGGCCCCAGUAGAGACUACAAUUGAGGGUUAAUGGGGCCAUGGAGAGGGGGGUCUUUCUAGCAGAGGCUAUCUUAGUGUCCUUUAGAGAGUGUGUUAGAAAGAAUCUCCUCCAGGCCCCAUUAGAGACUACAAUGGAGCUGAUAGGCUUGGAAGGGGGUCUUUCUAACAGAGGCCAUCUCAGCGUCCAUUAGAUAGCCUCUGCUGGAAACAGUUGCCUCCAGGCCCCAAUAGAGACUACAAUUGAGGGCUAAUGGGCCAUGGAGGGGAGGUCUUUCUAGCAGAGGCUAUCUGUGUCCUUUAGAGAGUGUGUUAGAAGGAAUCUCCUCUAGGCCCCAUUAGAGACUACAAUGGAGUGUAAUGGGGCCUGGAGGGGGGUCUCUCCAACACUCUGGUUCCUAUUCACAAUAUAGCAACACAACAUAGCUCACUGAUACCUAGGCCAAGUUGGCUCCUCUUACCUUUAUUAUUGUUGCUGGCUGGCAGUCUGUGUACUUGCUGAAAGACUGUGGGCUUGCUGGCUACGACUGGCAGGCUGUGGCUUCCUGGCAGGCUGUGGGCUUGCUGGCUACUGCCGGCAGGCUGUGGGCUUGCUGGCUACUGCCGGCAGGCUGUGGGCUUGCUGGCUACUGCCAGCAGGCUGUGGCUUGCUGGCUGCGGCUGGCAGGCUGUGGCUUGCUGGCUUUGACUGGCAGGCUGUGCUGGCUGUAAGCCUGUGGCUUGCUGUAGGUCUGUGGGCUGGCUACUAACCUGUGGCUGGCUGCUGGCCUGGCUGUCUGUGGGCUGGCUAACUGGUGGCCUGUGGGCUGGCUGGCCUGUGGGCUGGCUGGUGGCCUGUGGGCUGGCUGGCAGGUGGCCUUGUUGGCCUGUGGGUUGGCUGGUGGCCUGGCUGGCCUGUGGGCUGGCUGGCUGGCCGGCCUGAGGGCGGGCGGGCUGGCUGGCUGGCCUGUGGGCUGGCUGGCUGGCUGGCUUGCAGGCCUGUUGGCUGGCUGGCUUGCUGGCCUGUGGGCUGGCUGGCUACUGGGGCACUUGUAGAUUAUUUAAGGAAAUAAUCCAUGCACAAUAACCACUGCUGCUCUGUGUAGUGGUUAUGGUGCCAGGAGGGCUGGGACCCCCUCCCAGAGUAAGUAGCCAAAUCGUUUAAGAAGAGUUUGAAAACUUACCUGGGGUCUGCUGAGAUAUGGGGCCGUAGUAGGGUAUAGGAGCAGUGGUGCAAUGUGUGAGGGGUGCAGUGUGUGUGAAAGGUUCAGUGUGUGUGUGGGGGGGGUGCAGUGUGUGAAUGUGCAGGGUGUGUGGGGCAAUGUGUAUAUGGAGGUGGCUGUGUAUGUGUGUGGCAAUGUUAGUAUGGGGGGCUGUGUAUGGGGGUCUGUGUGUGUAUGGGUGGGCAGUGUAUGUGUGUAUGUGAGGCAAUGUGUGUAAAUGUGUAUGGUGUGUGUGGGGGCAGUGUGUGUGUAUGGGGGCAGUGUGUGUGUGGGGGGGGCAGUGUGUGAAUGUGUAUGGUGUGUGUGUGGGGGCAGUGUGUGUAUGGGGCUAGAGUUCACUCUCACUACUGCGACCACCAGGAAUCCCUGGUGGUCGCAGUGUUGAGAGUGAACUCUAGCCCGUAGCUCCAGGACGGAAGGAGGGAGGAGCAUGUCUCUCUCUCAUGCUCCUUUGCAGUUCCCACAAUUCCCAGCACAGCAUACUGUGCAUCCUGUUCUGGGAAUUGUGGGAACCGCAUGGAGCAUGAGAGAGACAUGCUCCUCCAUCCUUCCGUCCUCAGCAUUAGUGACAGGAGUGCCGUCGGGACGGCGAGGCUGCCACCCAGCCCGGCAGCUCCAGCGUAGAACGCGGCCGGCCCCCUCAGCGUGUGCCACCGGAAUGGUAAUGGCACAUUUUGUAGGGAAUGGUAAUGGCACAUUUUCCAUGUAUGUACUGAAAUGGAAAAAUAAAACGUCCAUACUUAUUUUAUAUCUUACUUUUCUCAUCGGUAUCUGUAAGUGUAUUUUUUAUUCUCUAGAAUAUUCAUAUAUUUUUUAUUUGGAAGGGGGAUGAAGCCUCAUUGAAAUUAUUUUAAAUCAUCUUAAUUGCCAUGAUUGGGGCAUUAAAUUCAUUAAAAGCUAUUUUAGUAAAGUAUUAGGGGAAUUUUUAGACCUCAACAUAUAUGUUGAGAAUGGAAUGUUGAAAACUUGUACAUUCUUCAAAAAGGGGGAGGUCUACAGCUACAUAGGGGAAAAUAGUUGUCAUCUUUCCACGUGGCUGCUGUUUUAUUGGGGUAUAUCUGAAAACAGCUUGCAAUAGCUGCAGAUCUCUUGUCUGCAGUCUUUGCAAACCCUACCCAACUAACCCCGCCCAGACUUGCUGUGGCGCUCCAGUCACAGACUUCCCAAUGCAGCUCAAUGAGAAGUCUGCGAGGCAGGUGCUGUGAGCAAUAUCAAAGUAAGUACAAGAUAACAAAAGCCAGCCUUCUGACCACAUGAACAGUUUAUGAUACUUGGUUUAUUUGCAUUACAGAUGUGGACUUUAAUCCAGAGAUAGAGUACCUUUAAGGACAUGAUUCUUAUCUUUUAUAUACCUAUAUUUUUACUGCAACAUAUAGGCAGAAAGUAUGAGUUCUACUUCUAUGCAAAGUUGUAAAAUACACAGCCACAGCAAUGCUCUUUUGAUCAAAGAGCCUCACUAGAGAAUUCAGGUUAACCCUGGUGAUGCUAAACAAAAAACAAACAGACAAUUCAGACGAACCCUGGCGAUGCUGGGACAGAAUCAUGCCCAACGUGCAUGACAAGGAUAGUUUGCCAGGUCAUUAAUUGUUUGACCAUUUUAGUCACCUGCGAUAAAACACUUAUCCCUAGUGGACUUUUUUAUUUUUCUCCAAAUUUAGACCCCUUGUACUUUCUUUAAAAGUUGGUGUUUAUUGACCCGCAACUAAUUGCUGUGUCUACCCUACACUCCUGGCUAACAGGUUAUUCUCAAAAGACUCUUCCUUAUAUAUUUAUUAAUUCUACUGGUUUAGCAGAGGGCAUCCAACCUUCGACCCUCCAGAUGUUGUGGACUACAUUUCCAAUAAUCCUCUUACAGCCAUAAUACUGGCAGAGUGUGAGAGGAGAUGUAGUCCACAUCUGGAGUGCCAAAGGUUGCCUACCCCUGCUGUAGAAGCUUUUAGUAAUUGGUGUUGUAGCAGAGUUAUGCCAGUUACUCAAUAGCAAUUUGGGCUUAACUUUGCAGCAAAUUUAGUUUUUUUACCCUUCACUGCUUAGUGUAUCUAAGUGAUUGUCAAGGUACGAUAGUGAGGAAUUUUCUCUGUCAGGCCCUUUCCCAUGACAUGGCCUUUUGUAUCAAUGUGCAAUUCUCUGUAUUACUCCUUGACUCCAAACAAGCUGGGGAGGAGCCCCAAUGAAUGAGACAAGACAAUGCAAAGUUCAAAGUGACUUCUGACGUUUAAUGGGCUGUGUAACCGAUUAUAUUCAGUAGGAAACAGGGGUGGUUAUCCAAUCCUAAUAAAAUCAUCUGUCUUAUUUUAACAUCUUAACCUAUAGAAAGCUUGCAGGUGUAUCUUCAUGUUCGGGCCUUGCUCAAAGCUAAAUUUCACUAUAACUACGCACUUAGAAUUACAAUGUAUUCGCACUUCAAAUUAAAGAUGUUAACUACGCAGUUACAUUACUAUGCAGUUAUGAUCAAAGGGAGAAACACAGGAAAUAAGGCCAACAGCAGAAACAUACAGGAUGUAACAAUAACACUUGUUACACAAUGUUCUAUAGCUCUUGUCUAGGGGUAUAUUCACUAAGCAUUGUAUAUAGACAAAGUAUAUUGUUUCAAAUAGCUGAUAUGCUCCAAGUUAGCAAUUUUAAACAGACUGAACAUCCUGUCAUCUGUAGCUUGAGCCUUGGGUUAGGAUAGGCAAAGACAAAGUGUAUUAUUCCCAACAGGGUACAUAGAUAAUGUGAUUACAGUAGGUCUGAUAACAGCUUAUACAUCAAAAUGUCUGACUUCAUAUGAGAAAAGUGCCACUUAUAUAAAACAAAAAUAAAAUAUAUCAACUGUACAGCUUUGAAUGCUAAAGCUUAACGAAGCAUAUUUUUCAGGAACACAUAAUGCAGAUUAAAAAUAAAUAAAUGUAUAUACAGGACAAGGAAAAACCUCUAAUAUUUGUAACUAAAGAGUGAAAGAAUAUUUUUGAAUAACUGAGAGCUAACUGGGAGGUUGUGAAAGAACAAUGUGGGAUAUCAUGUAACUCUCCUGAUAUCUCAUUUUAUUACGGGGGCUUCAAAUCCACAGCACCAUGUUUUUGCCUCCCAACCAGGAGAUUAAGAUCUCCCAUGAUUGCACACAUAACCUGCAAAAGAGUGGGUUCUGGAGAGCAAGGGAGCCCUGAAUCUGUCUUGGCAAUUUGAGAAGACAACAACUGCAAUAGUCUUGUUCCCUCACAAAACAAGGAAGCAGCUACAGUGCCUUGCAAAAGUAUUCACCCCCAUUGGCAUUUUUUGUGUUUUGUUGCCUCACAACCUGGAAUUAACAUGGAUUGUUUGAGGAUUUGCAUAAUGUAUUUUACAGAACAUUCCCACAACUUUGAAGAUUUUUUUUUAAAUUUUUUUUUUAUUGUGAAGCAAACAACAAAUAGGACAAAAUAACAGAAAAAGUCAAUGUGCAUAACUAUUCACCCCCCUAAAGUCAAUACUUUGUAGAGCCACCUUUUGCGGCAAUCACAGCUCCAAGUCGCUUUGGAUAAGUCUCUAUGAGUUUGCAACAUCUUACCACUGGGAGUUUUUCCGAUUCCUCCUUGCAAAACUGCUCCAGCUCCUUCAAGUUGGAUGGUUUGCGCUUGUGAACAGCAAUCUUUAAGUCUGACCACAGAUUUUCUAUUGGGUUUAGGUCUGGGCUUUGACUAGGCCAUUCCAACACAUUUACAUGUUUUCCCUUAAACUACUCAAAUGUUGCAGUGUUCGGGGUCAUUGUCCUGCUGGAAGGUGAACCUCCGUCCUAGCCUCAAAUCACGCACAGAGUAAUACAGAUUUUGCGCAAGAAUAUCACUGUAUUUAGAAUACAUUUUUCCCUCAACCCUGACCAGUUUCCCAGUCCCGGCUGCUGAAAAACAUCCCCACAGCAUUAUGCAGCCACCACCAUGUUUCACUGUGGGGAUGGCGUUCUUUGGGUGAUGUGCUGGGUUUGCGCCAGACAUAGCGUUUUCUUUAAUGGCCGAAAAGUUCAAUUUUAGUCUCAUCAGACCAGAGCACCUUCCUCCAUACAUUUUGGGAGUCAUUUUGUAAUUAUGUAAUUUACGAGCCAUUUUGUUUUUUUACUGAAAGUAAUGGCUUUCAUCUCGUCACUCUGCCAUAAAGCCCAACUCUAUGGAGCAUACGGCUUAUUGUACAGAUACUCCAGUCUCUGCUUUGGAACUCUGCAGCUCCUCCAAGGUUACCUUAGGUCUCUGUGCUGCCUCUCUGUUUAAUGCCCUCUUUGCCCGGUCCGUGAGUUUCUGUUUUCUAUUUCUAAAAAAUAGUUUUAUGUAUAUAUUUUUCUCAUUUCCCUUCACUAACUUAGACUAUUGUGUUCUGAUCCAUCACAUAAAAUUCAGAUUAAUAAAACACUGAACUUAACGCUGUAAUGUAACAAAAUAGGUAAAAGGUCAAGGGGGGUGAAUACUUUUGCAAGGCACUGUAAUCCCAUAUGGCAGAAAUGUAGGAAGAUGGGAGAGUAGGGAGGUAGUUAGAAAGGUGUAAUCAAUGGAUUAGCAGAGUGAUGAUAAAGUGGGCUUUGGAAGGGCAAUGGAGUAUGGAGAGACAAGGAAAAAUUAAAGAUAGGUGGAACAAAGGAUUAGGCGGUGGGAGAGUGUACAACUAUGGUUAGGAAUAAAUUGAAGCUUAAUCCAAAAUUUCAUUCAAAUCAUAACCCGCAAUGCUAAUCCUAAAAGCAAUUUUCACCCUAUAUUCAAUAUUAAUUCUAAAUGUAAAUGUAUGAUGGCUGCAUACAUACACACACAUGCGUUUGUGUGUGUGUAUGCUUAUGCAUGUCUAUUUGCUGCAUUCAAUGAAAGUAAAAAAUGGGAUAACAAGCUAUUAUAUCUGUAAAUGCCAAAAUUGUCAGUUGAACAUCCGUUUUUGCAAAGACAUUUCUGUAAACACAAACCGAGUUAUGCCAAAUUGUUGACAUCUCUUUGUCAUAAUCUUUACAGAUAUAAUGAGCUACAGUAUAUUUUUGAGAAAUGGUUUACAUUCAUGAUGACAACAUGAUAUCAAUGCCAUUUUACUUUCUGUAAAAGAAAAUGUACCUUUCUUCAGGAUAUCAAUAUGGUACUGUUUCUUAACAAGAAUAAACCUCUGAACUAUUCUGGAAGAAUUUUAGAAUAUUUUCUCACCGGCAAUAGCAAAAUUAGCCUCAAUUCUAAUAUCAAUCCAAAAUUUUACUUCAAAUAUAAUUCAUCUUGAGAAAAACCUUUGAAAUAUUUUAGGAAAAAAUAAAAGUUUAAAAUCUGAAACUUUGUCUGGCUUCCAGGGGAGGACUGACAGCCUUAGGCCUGAGGGCCAAAACCAGUCAAGUGGCCAUUUGCACCACCAAAUCAGUUCACCAUCCAUGCCCACCUUUUCCUGGUUUUGUAACGGAUAUUGAUGUUAUGCUAAUCAGUAGCUCUUUACCAUACCCGCUCCUUCACGGCUCUGACUUUCAAUGUUGUCAGAGCGCAGGCUGAGAAUCUCUGAGCCUGUGCUUCGACUCACUAACUGAGCGUCGGAACCAUGAGGGAGAGGAUAUAAUCUGACUGCACCUACUGCUAGUGCGCACCAGUGGACCACCAGCGAAUCGUUUAAAUUGAAUAUGCUGGGGUCCCCAACUUGUGAGCUGUGUUGGACGCUGGGCGUCUCUGUUGUCAUGGCACCCUGCGUGACCGCACUAUUUUAUUUUAAUUUAUAUUUUGUGUAUUUUUUUAAAAAAUUGUAUAAUAUAUGCAUAUAUAAAAAAAUAAAAGAAGUAAAAAGAAGAAGGGGGGAGUAAGAAAAAGAGGGGGGGAGUAAGAAAAAGAAGUAAGAAGAAGAAGUAAGAAGAAGAAGAAGAAGAAGAAGAAGAAGAGUGGGGUAAGAAGAAGGGGGGAGUAAGAAGAAGUAGGAGGGGGUAAGAAGAAGAAGGGGGAGUAAGAAGAAGAAGAAGGGGAGCAAUAAGAAGAAGAAGGGAGUAAUAAGAAGAAGGGGGAGAAAGAAGAAGGGGGAGUAAGAAGAAGAAGAAGGGGGAGUAAGAAGAACAGGUGGGGGAGUAAGAAGAACAAGGGAGGAAGUAAGAAGAACACAGUGAGGAGGGGGGUAAGAAGAACACGUGGGGUGAGGAGAACACAUGGUGGGUGGCAGUGAGAAGAACACAGGGAGGGGGAGGGGGGAUGAGAAGAGCACAGGGUGGGUGUGUGAGUGUGAGAAGAGACCGCUAGGGGAGGGUGGGGGAGAGGAGAGACCACUUAGGGGCAGGGGAGAGCUUUAAGGGACAGAAGGGACAGCUCUAUAGUACAGGGGGCAAGACAGGGAGCUCUUUCACACUACGCACACACAAACACACACAAUGCAUCCCUUUUCAUACACAGAAACACACAAUGCAUCCCUACACACAGAAACACAACAUGCUUCCCUUACACACAGAGAAACACACAAUGCAUCCAUUACACACACACACAAUGCAACCCUUACACACAAAGACAAUGCAUCCUUUGCACACAUACACAGAAACACACAAUGCAAACCCUUACACACACAUGCAAACACACACACUGCUUUUCUUACAUACACACAGAAACACAAUGCAUCGCUUACACUCAAUGCACACACAUACAGACACACACCUUGCAUCCCUUAUGCCUACACACUGCUUCCACUACACACCAGCACACUGCAUUACCUACACAAACUGGUAUCCCUAUACACUACAUACCAUAAGCACACAUAUUAGAUCCUCUACAAUAACACAUAACACAUCCCCUACACACUCCACUCCCUGUGAGUGAACUCAUGGGUGGGUGGAACAUAUAAGUGGACUUAUGAGUGGGCCUUGUGGGCAUACUCACCGUCAGGCCCUGGGGCCCAGACCUUGAGCUGUGUAAGGGGCCCCAAAAAAAUGGAGCUGCUUCCAAUUCUCCCAGAACAUUGAAUUUUGUGACCACAGUUGCAAACAGCCUCCAGAGAUCCUGUUCUACACCAGACCAGUGGAGCCAAACUGCAGCCCAUCAUCAUCCUCAUCUGGUUAUAAGUAGGCAAUCUAGUAUAUUAUUAGUGACACUAAUCUAUAAUUUACCUCACAUGAAAGGAACACUAUAGCUUAAUGAAGUGGUUCUGGUGUCUAUAGCCGGUCCCUGCAGGCUUUUUAAUGUAAACACAAACUGUGUGCAGCACUGGGGCUAGUUCAAAUGGCAAAUCAUAUGGGUGGGGCGGCAAAUUUUUCUUUUGUCUAGGGCGGCAAAAAUCCUUGCACCGGCUCUGAUCCUGGGCAGGUCUACUGGUGACCCACAGGAGGGGAGUGCACUGAUUGCACUGCACUCUCCUCCUGCCCAGACACGUCUUUACCGCAGUGCAAGUGCCCUCUGCCCCUAAUUUAGAGUGGCUCACACUGACAACAAGCAGUGCCUGGAGCCCUUUGCAGAGACGGGAACAAAGAUGAUCUGCGGCAGCUGGCCGUCCUGCAAGCAUUACAUUAAACAGCUGUUCCCCAUGCAGUCACAGGUAGCGCUAUGCUGGGAGAAUGUGAUUACUCUUCACUUCCUCCCAGCCUACAGAGCAGCAAAUGGGAGAGAGAGAGGAGGAGGCAUGAUUUAAUCUUACAACAAAUCCACUAAGCAAAUCUUUAUAAAUUUGGGGGGAUCAGCUCUGUUUCCACAGUUUAUUGGUGUUUACUCUGAUAUCUGUAUUAAUAUUGAGGGAUUUCUAAGUAGUAACGUCAGUGUGUGUCAGCAGAGCCAGCGGUUGGGGUGUGAAAGCUGUGCAGUCACGCAGGGUGCCAUGACAACAGAGGCGCCCCGCGGCCAACACAGCUCACAAGUUGGGGACACCAGCAUAUUCAAUUUAAACGAUUCGCUGGUGGUCCACUGGUGCGCACCAGCAGUAGGUGCAGUCAGAUUAUAGCCUCUCCCUCAUGGUUCCGAUGCUCAGUUAGUGAGUCGGAGCACAGGCUCAGAGAUUCUCAGCCUGCGCUUUGACAACAUUGAAAGUCAGAGCUGUGAAGGAGCGGGUAUGGCAAAGAGCUACUGAUUAGCAUUAUAUCAAUAUCCAUUAUAAAACCAGGAAAAGGUGGGCAUGGAUGGUGAACUGAUUUAGUGGUGUAAUGGGCCACUUGACUGGUUUUGCCCCCCAGGCCUAAGGCUGCCAGCCCUCCCCUGCUUGAGAAGUAUGACUGUUUUAGUGUUUUUGGUCGAUAAGAUUCUGUGCUUAGACCCCUCAUAAUUGUCAGCACCAGGCCCACUAGGCUCUUAAUCUGGCCCUGUAUGUAAGACAGAAAGUCCAUUUUAAUGCAAUAUAUAUCAAUGCAUGAAACAAAGUAUGGCACCAUAUGCAUAAAAUGCAAAAUCAGCAAAAGAGAUCACGUGUAAUGAAGCAUUAGAGAGUAUUCAUCCUGACAUACAGAUAAAUAACAAAGAUAAAAGAAGAAAUUAUAACCAAAAAAUUCUACUUGGAGUGAGUUAUUUGUAAGGUCGACAUACUGGUGGCGGGCUUUCAGAUUACUUUGCUGUGUUGCUAGGUUUCCCCAAGUGCAAAACACAAAUAGCAGUUCCUAAAUAUUAAGUGAUCAGUAUUUCCACCAUGUUUAUUGGUGUGUGUGGAAGGUCACCAUUCUUCUUUGCUGCCACAGUUACAGGUGGCUGAGCCUGGAAUGUAUGUGCUAUUGUUACCUAUCAAAAAGAAUUCAACUUCAAAUCUAUACUUGAUUACAUAACUCAUUUGAACAGCAAAUCUUGCUAUGACUUUAUUCGCAGAGACAGAAUGUUUUGCAGACAAAAACCAAAAAUUAAUCCCUGCUGGCGUGGUCCUGGCGGUUGUAGGAUUGAUUCUGAUUAUCCUUCUCGUGGUCCUGCUUGUAAGAAGAAGAAGGAAUUCAGAAUACCAGCGUAUAUAAGAAAAUCUGAUUUCUCUUUCACAAUCACACUUGUACAACUCACAGAUUUUUAACUGCCAAUGAGUCAGAAACUGACAGAGAUAAUCUUAUCUUUAGGACAUUUGCAGUUUUGUACUUCUGGAUUGCUUGAGAAUUCAUACAAUUUUUGGUGAUGGUAUUGUCUUCCAAUCUAGCUUAGAAUUCAUGACGAUGUUUGUAAGACUUCUGGUGUAUAUUUGUUGUGUAUUUCUAUCUAGAGCUCUAUAAAAACUUCUGAUACCGUUAGUUAUUCAUUACUGUGAAAAAAAAUGGAUCAGAUCAUUGCAAUUUUAAACUACCUAUUGCUUAUUUCGAAAUAUGUCUGAUUUUUUGUAGACAAAAAAUUGCAGUACGCUGGUUAAUUACUGGCAGUUCAAAAGUUGGCUAGACUAUAAUGUAAAUUGUUUAUUAGUGUGUACAAAACAUAUAUUUCUGACUCUCUCUCUUCUAUUUUCCUUUUAAGAUAUAUAUUUCAUGCAACUAUUGGACUUCUGAAAUGGGACCAUAUGUGCAAUAAAUCAGACAUAAAGUUUAAAAUGAAAUACAAUGAAAACAAUUUCCUCAUCAUGCUGCUAUUUCCUAUGAUUGCUUUUUUAAAAUUGUAUUACAUUUGAAACUUUGUUUUGUGCACAUAUGAUCUCUGAGAAAGCUCAAUAGUUUGAUGAAAUUCAUAGGAGCACACCAUUUUGUUUAUAUUUUGUGUAUUGUUAUUUUUUCUUACAAUAAAUUUUGAAUAUUUGGAUACUUCCCCUAAGUCCUGCUUUCAUUUGCUGAUGUGAAGACCACAGCCAGGAGGGAAGGUGUAGUUGAAUAGCACCCACACAUAUAAGGGGAGGCCCCCAGAGGUGAUUUAUUUAUCACAGAUCCUGUGAAUGUAUUUCUUCAAGCAGAGUUAAAAAAAAAAAAAAAAAACAACUAUAUUACACUAGAUUGGUAUUUGUUUUAUAGAUCUACAGCUGUAUCCCCUAUAUAUUUUGUAUUGUGGUUGUUCUACAAGGGACAUUUUCUGGGAUAUCCCCUGGGGAAGCUGUACAUUAUAAUACUCAAAGGAUAAGUAUUUUUGACUACACCGUACACUAAGUGGUGAUGGUUUGGGACAUUUGUACAUAUUCUAUAACUCAGAAAUUGUCCAUCCACAUUACUAUGGAAAUCUAUUACAUGUAUAAUGCAUUCUAUGUGACUGUGCUUAGUCUAGUGCCUGUUAAUGAAAGCAAAGUAUAGAUAAAAUGGAAUGUGACUGUUGAAAGGAAAUGGAGAGAAGGUGAUACCAUGACUGCCCAGGGUGGUAAAGGGAGAUAAAGUAUGGCAGAUGAAUAGGAUGGGACUUUACUUAGAGGAAAGAGGGCAUGUGUAUUAGGUGAGGGUAGCAUCACUCCUAAGUAUGUUACUGCUAAUAAUGAAGUUCAGAUCUUUUCAAGUGUUUGUAGACAGGUCAAUAAAUGCCCAGGCCAUAGUAUAACUAGUUUCACCACACGAAGGUCUGUUGUUUGAAAUAUGUACAUACAAACAAUAACUGGUGAGCAUAACACAACACUCCAUGGACACAAUAACCCUUCCAGCUUUUGAAAGUAGGAAAUCAGGAAGAAGGGGAACGUUUUAGUGUGAGUGAUGUACCAGUGACACAAUGCACCACACUGGUGGUGAGCAGCAAUGGCAACAGGAAAGUGUCAAUAUGUGGAUCUGCUCCAUGCCUAGUCAAGUUGAUAGGUGUCUAUGCUCCAUGCCUAGUCUGGUGUUUAAUCAGGGUGACAGGUGUCUAUGCUCCAUGCCUAGCCUGGUGUAUUGUCAGGUUGACAGGUGUCUAUGCUCCAUGUCUAGCCUUGUGUCUUGUCAGGUAGAAAGGUGACAAUGAUCCUUGGCUAGUGCAGUGUCUUGUCAGGUUGACAGGUGACCAUGGUCUAUUCCCAGUCCGGAGUCUUCGGUUGACACUUGGCUAUGCUUUAUCACUAAUCUGGUUUCUUGUCAGGUUGACAGGUGUCUAUGCUCCAUGUCUAGCCUGGUGUCUUGUCAGGUAGAAAGGUGACAAUGAUCCUUGGCUAGUGCAGUGUCUUGUCAGGUUGACAGGUGACCAUGGUCUAUUCCCAGUCCGGAGUCUUCGGUUGACACUUGGCUAUGCUUUAUCACUAGUCUGGUGUCUUGUCAGAUUGACAGGUGACUAUGCUCCACGACUAAUCUGGUUUCUUGUCAGGUUGACAGGUGUCUAUGCUUCAUGCCUAGCCUGGUGUCUUGUCAGGUGACUAUGCUUCAUGACUAAUCUGGUGUCUUAUCAGGUUGACAGGUGGCUAUGCUCCAUGCCUCAUCUGGAGCAAUUCAGAGUGGAUUGUGACUUUUGUGCAUCAUUUAUACAACGCAUUAUUUACCCAUUCAAAUGAAUACAUUUUUGAGGAUGUUACUACACCCUGGUGUAUAUAAAAAAAAUUGUCUGAAUAGGUUCUAUAAAAUUGUAAAUAAUUAUUUAGUCUUUAGAUAGGAGCCAGCAGAAUAGAAGCUUCACUCACUACUGAUAAUGUGCUACCUCAGCUCAAAGUACUCUAAAAGCAAUUCCUUCUUGAAGGAUCACUCUAGGCACCAUAACCACUACAGUUUGCUAUAGUGGUUAUGGUGCCCGGAGUUUCCUAGUGCCCCAUACCCACCAUAAACCAUUUUACCAUGGUUUGACUUCUUACCUGAGAUCUGCCAGGUGCUGCUGCUCACCUGCACUAUCAACGCUGGAGAGACACUAAGUUACCGAGCAGUGCAGGGCUUAGCUCAUUGGCUGACACUCUCAGACAUUGAAAAACAGUUUGACUUAUUACAAUAGUGGAGCGCCAGGGCAAUCCUGGCACUACAGCAAGCUCUAGUGAUUAUGCUAAUUGGAGUGUAUCGCUAAUAUCAAUAAAUCAUAGUACUCUUUUUUGUAUUUAAAAAAAAAAAAAAAUUCACUGGCCUAUUUUAUGUUUUGCUGUGUAUUCUGUUUUUGUGUUGUGUGUAGUUGAUUAUUGGAAACAUAAUAAUUUGCUCUGUGUAUUAAAUGUUAAUAUCCCUUUACCAUUUAAAUAAAAAAAUGAAAAUGAGUGUUAUUUUUUAAGACAACAGAGAAAAUAAGUGUAACAAUGUGCUUGAAUGAUCGUCUACUAAUCAAAGAAAUCCACAGUUUCUGACGAAGGUUAAUUACAGGAUUGACAUUAUGAAGACUCACCCAUUUUCUAUAAAAUGAGGUGACUUGCAAGUGGGCAUUAGGAAUUCAUUAGACACUGAUAAUACUUUUAUUUUAAACUAUUAUUUCCGUACACUUUAAAGCCUAGGUCACUGGCAAUUCCUUUGGUAAGGUAAGAGAGUAAAGGUGUUGUAUAAUCUGGUUAUUCUCUCCUCUAUUCAAUGCAGAAAAGGGGAAAAAGUCUGAUCUGAAAUGAGGACAUUAUACUUGCCUGGUAGAUGGGGAUUUUGGGACUGGCCAUUGUUUUGGUAUGGAGAAUUCAGGUUCAUUGGUAUACUUUAGAAUUUCUAUAAUUUGGGGGUUUUGGCCUCAAAUUUGAAAUUCAUUUUGACUUCACUUUAGUGUACAACCCUGCAUGUGGUGUUGGUAAAAUCUGCAGGAUGAACUCUCUAUCUAUCUAUCUAACAUUUGUGUGAGAGAAAAUGUGGAGUGGUUGUUGAGGGAAGAUAUAUUAGGCCUGCUUUACUAAACAGCAGCCUGAGGUUUCUCAAUGAAAUGUCGCAGGGAGAGAUGUUAGGUUUGCAAGAUACAUUGCUGGUACUCUGCAAACCACGUCAAGGGUCCCUGGGGCGGAACAUUUGGAGAGCAGGGUAGGCCAGUGCUCCAAUAGCACUAGUUGCUACGUAACAGCCAGACCAGAACUUGUAUAUACCUUAGGCGUUCCAGAGAUGUGAACCAGUUGAUGCUCAUCUGUUACUGGUCAAUUUAAAAGAAGGGAUCAGCCUUCUGUAGAGUAAGAGAGAAAGAGCCAGAGGAAUGGUGUGUCUUGCAUGUAUAUUUUGUUAUUGUAAAUUGGUAAGUGGGAAAGCCACCCAAUUCCAGGUAGUGAUUACUGUGUUUAGUAAGUGCUCAACAAGAACAAGGAAUAUUGUUUUGUUUAUUUUUAUUUUGAAGUACCUGUAUAUCUUGCACCAAUUAAAUCGGGAAAAAGUGAGCUGGAUGUGUCCUGGACUUUGAUUACCCUAGAAUGUAUAUAUGAAAAUCGAUUGCAAUGGAUAGCACUCCAAGAACUUAUAAAAUGUAACUUUUAUUUACCUUACAGUUACAGAUGUCCUGAUGAAAGCUUGAGGGAAUCGAGCUGAAACGUUGACAAUUUUAACUGUAAGGUAAAUACUUUUAUUUACCUUACAGUUAAAAUUGUCAACGUUUCAGCUUAAAUUUUCUAAGUCCUUGGAGUGCUAUCCUUUGCAAUCAAUUUUUGUAUUUUUGGCUGGACAAGCACUGGGCAUUAUAGUGAUUUUGAUGGAGUGCAAAAUUAUUUUUCUUUUUUAUAUAUGUGUGUGUGUGUUUAUUAUGCACCUUACAUGCUAGGAAAAUAAAAUAGAUUUACAAACUUGAUAUCAUGGAGCCUGGCUUUAGCAAAUUUUGUAGUUUCAUGGAAAUGGCAUUUACUAUUGCCCAUAUCACCCAUAUCUCUCAUAACUCCCAAGAAGUUCCAUUGAGUUUGAGAUGACAAAUAGUUUUUACUAGUUGUACUACGCAAGAUUGACAAUGAAAUAGGAAUAAUUUAUGCCAUAAAUCCUAUGCCUUGUGGUGCCCUGUGUCAUUUGUCAGCCCUGCCCCCCUUCACUACACCUUGGAGAGGUAAUAAUUCUCAAAUGUGGAUAUGGACAAUUCACAUCUGCACAUUACUCAAAGUCUUUUCUCCUUAUUUGUCUUGCUAGCUAUUCCCGCAUGAGAUAUUGUGGCUGGAAUUAUGUGUUUUUGCUGGACAUUGGUGGUGGGCACUCUAUUACUAAUAAUUAGUGGAGACCUGUUGGCGGUGGGCACUCCAUUAAUAAUUGGUGGAGACCUGUUGGCGGUGGGCACUCCAUUAAUAAUAAUUGGUGGAGACCUGUUGGCAGUGGGCACUCCAUUAAUAAUUGGUGGAGACCUGUUGGCGGUGGGCACUCCAUUAAUAAUUGGUGGAGACCUGUUGGCGGUGGGCACUCCAUUAAUAAUUGGUGGAGACCUGUUGGCAGUGGGCACUCCAUUAAUAAUUGGUGGAGACCUGUUGGCGGUGGGCACUCCAUUAAUAAUAAUUGGUGGAGACCUGUUGGCAGUGGGCACUCCAUUAAUAAUAAUUGGUGGAGACCUGUUGGCGGUGGGCACUCCAUUAAAAAUAAUUGGUGGAGACCUGUUGGCGGUGGGCACUCCAUUAAUAAUAAUUGGUGGAGACCUGUUGUCCCUACCUCCUAACUGCCACCAAUGACUGGCAUAUACACCCCAGACUAGUCCCCUAGCCCCCCCUUAAAUUAAAUUUAUCCAACCCUAACAAUAGUGAGGGAGGGUAUUAAACUAAUACCUGUAAGAUAUAUACAUAUAUGUAUUUACUAUCAGAAGCCUAUUUUCAUGUAAAUUGUCUUAUCUUCAGCCCCCCAAAACACCAAAGUAAAAUCCAUAAUAAGUGAGGCAACUCCUGGAAAAAUAGAUGGAAAAAAUCAAAACUGCAAUGCAAAAAAUAAAAUCAAUUUUUGCCCUUUUAGGGCUCCAGGCAGAAUGAGGCUUCAAGGCCGGAAAAUCUUUAUAAAGGCUUUCCCCCCACUGGUGCUUUGUAAAUCUGAAUUUAAUCCAGACACCAUUUGCAUCCGGGCAAUUGCAGCAAAUCCGGUUGAAUUAUCCGAAUUGGAGGCUCAUCCAUAGGAGCACUUAGGGCUGUCAUAUGUGGAGAACAAAUAAUUUGCAGUAGUUAAAAAAAAAAAAACACUAAGAUCCUUUUAUUUAUUUAUUUUGUGAGGGGAUGGUGGUAAACUAAACACAUUUUGGGAAAAAAUUGUGUCUCUUAAACUUUCUAAUAGGUUUCAGUCCCGUCCCCCCCUACUGGUAGCUGUUUUGAGAAACUUACUUGAGAACAUACAGGGAAGUCAAAAAAAUGGGGGUGGUUUGAAAUCUGUUUAAGCAGAUUGUGCACAAGGACUAGUGUUCUUGAAAUAGUAAUUUUCCAGAAUUUCCAUUGAGAUGCCAUUCGGUAAGCAGAGCCAGCUGUCCAUGAGCAAAGGCAUGCUAUUGGCCUCUCCAGUCAGGGUGAGAUUACAGUGCUCACAGGAGAGAGAAGUAAGAAGCCAUCUUGGAAGUAACACAGAAAGAGCAUGGCACAGUAUAAUAUUAUCUUUUUCUCUCCCCCAACAACCUCAGUGACUGCCUGAAGGCUGAUUAAGCAAGGGAAUUUACUCAAAUAUAUAACUAAUAUAUAUAUUUUAUGUGUUGUUCUCAGCUUGUUUUAUUGUAUGAACAUCUCUGUAUUAUGCUCAGCUCUCUGUAUUGGAUGAAUAUCUCUGUACUGUAUAGGGAAGAGUAAAAAUUUGGGGGAGAGGUUUGGUGCUCCACCAUCUAAAACUUCACCAGCCGCCACUGGAUAUGGGAUUUCGAUUAAACUUCCACAGCAGCGAUUGGGUUAACUCAUCAGACAUGACAAACGCUUAUGCAGGAGCCGAAACAUUGUUCUCACUUCUUUGUUCCAAAUAAAGAAUGCCUUUUAGAAGAAACCAUUGUAUGCAUCUACUUCCUUUGGGCAUUUUGGGGAGCUUUCCCUCCCUGUCUGGAGCAGCCUGGUGGAUUACUGCCCUCCCACACCCUUAUUUUUUUUACUCUGUGCCCUGUUCUUUUCUAUUGCAAAGAAAUACAACUUUUACUAGUCUGGGAUGGGCACUGCUGUAGCAAAGUAAUGUUCGCCUGUCCUGUUUGUCAGAGGGUGGGAAAGUCUGGGAACGUUACCCUAGUGCCUUUCCCUUUACCCAUCAUUGCUGAAUUAUUUGAGAGCAUGACUUUAGAUGUGAUAUUGCCUUAGCGAUACCCAGCUCAAACACUAUGUCUAUCCUCACUCCAGUGGAUUUUUCCACUAGGUACACAGAGGCUCUUGCCUUGUCCUCCAUUAAAGCAGACAAACUGGUGGAUGUUCUGAUGAGCAUAUUCUGCAAAGUGGGGUUCACUAAAGAAAUGUUUACUGACCAUUGCCCAGAGUUCAUGUGCAAAGAAAAGUAAAGCCUCUGCAAGACUACAUCUGGUAGUCCGUCCUUAUCACCCCCAAACUACUGGGCUCUGUGUUAUCAAUAAUGGGACUUUUAAACAAAUGUUUAAGGCUUUUGAGAACUCUCAGGCUGAGAUCGGGAGAGUAUUUACCUGAUUUGCGUAUCGAGAAGUCCUGCACUUUUUUUUACCAUUUGAAUUGUGUACCGAGUGAGAGGGCCACUAGAUUUAGCUUAAGAGGAAUGGGAAUCGGAUUUUCCCACUUGAAUGUGCUGAAGUUUAUGAAGAAACUGACACGGAUAAUGCAUGUUAAUGUUAGGGCUUUGCAGUCCCAGCAGAACAAGUGGUAUAACCAUAAUAUCAGGACCUGGGAUUAUAAAGUGAGGCAAAAAAUUAUGGUUCUAAUCCCAACCAAGCCGGAUAAACUGCAGGCUGCUUUUAAUGGCUCCGAUCCUUUUCUACUAUGGCAGGACCCUACCUCUUUUGUCAUGGCCAUAGAAUCAGGGAGGAGGCAGAGACAGUACCACAUAAAUAUGCUAAAGGCAUAUCAUGACCGAGAGACUUUAUUGCUGAGUGUGAGUAAUUUACUGGAGAUAAGGGUUAGCAUUGCUGUACCCAUAGCAAAGGAUUUUGCAGUAAAGAUUGUUUUGGUCUCAAACAGAUAAAAAUCACAGGCUUAAAAGUACUCCAUCUCUGUACCAAAGAGAUGAUCUCACAUCAGUAAUCUAAUUAAUAAACCAGCUGUCAUAAAUUGGUCACGUGUUUAGAGGGGGCUGGCUUUACUGGAAAAAGCAAGAAAGACUCAUAAAUAUAACUAAAAGUAUGCCGGAAAGCAGCGCUUUCAAAUAAAGUCCUUCGUUUCAGAUCCCAGUGGAGCAAUAUUGGAAAAAAAGAGGACAAGAAUCCAGAUAUAAUGUAGUAUUUAGGGUGUAGUGACAUUAGAAUAAAAUAAAUUGCACUUACAAUUUUCUGGAGAUUCAAAUCAGCUCCAGAUAUACGGGCCUGGACCGUACAAUCCCCAACUAAUCAUAUGCUGAAAGUCCUGGUACUGCGUUGAAGGAUGUUCUUAGGCCAAUAGUCAGCAUUUGGUGGUCAGCACUAAUGGGGGUGUUCACAUUCAGUGCAUUGUAUAGGCCAGUAAUAGUGCUUCAGUAUAAUAAAAAGAAAUAAAAACAGGAGAUAGUUCUCUCUGUGAUGCUAAAGUAUUAAAAAAGAUAAAAGGAAGGAUGCUCACAAAGGUAGAGGAAGUAGGUAUUGCUCAAUCCUAAACAGCAUAAACAGUAUUCUCUCCACCAAGGGAUAUGAGGUACAGGGUCCUCUGGGUAAAAUCCUCAGGGAUGCAAACAGGAAAGCCCAAAAUCCGAUAAAAACAAGUGUUAUUAGUAAACAAAAUUUAAAAAAAACUUGGGGGUGGUUUGAAAUCUGCCCUGUUUAAACAGAUUGUACACAAGGACUAGUGUCCUUGAAAUAGUAAUUUUCCAGAAUUUCCAUUGAGAUGCCAUUCAGUAAGCAGAGCCAGCUGUCAAUGAGCAAAGGCAUGCUAUUGGCCUCUCCAGUCAGGGUGAGAUUACAGUGCUCACAGGAGAGAGAAGUAAGAAGCCAUCUUGGAAGUAACACAGAAAGAGCAUGGCACAUAACAUAAAACACCAGUAAACUUUAAGACUUUAUUUAAAAGUGCUGUUUCCCAGCCUACUCUUAUCAAUAUCUACUUACUGCCAUAAGGAAGACCUAUCUGCUACACGUACACCAAACAAGCACCAGGAAUCUUUCUCCUCCUACAUCAUAAAUAUAACAAUUUGAUGCCAGCCCAGGUCAAAUUGAACUUCUCUUGGACUUUAUUUUAAACAACACCAGGACUUAAUCAAGAGUUCCCACUGGCCUACUGUAAGAUCAUUACUCAUAUUUGUUUAAGUAUAGGUUGUAUACUUUAAGUCCCAUUGUAUUUUAAGAACUGAUUUAUACAUGGAUUUAUGUGGGGGUUUUUUUUUUUUUGCUUUAUGUAAUUUCUUCUGUUUUGGGCUGCCCAAUGUUAAAGGGACAGUUUAGGCACCAUAAAAACUUCAUCUGAAUUAAGUUCUUAUGGUGCCAGGAGCCCCCCAGGCUCACUCUUGCCUCAAGGGGUUAAACCGUUCUCGAACCAUUUAACCUCCAUGUUUCCUCCAGCGCCGAUGUCAACUCCUUCCAGGCAGCAUACGGCUUCUGAAAUUUCAUUGAAAUUGCCAAUGAUGUGCUGAGGUCGGUCAGCUGAUGCUCUCAGCCAAUAAGUGAGUCGCCAGUCACAAAACUGUCUUGAAAAGAAAUGUACAUCAGCUAACCACUCUCAACCAAUCAAUGGUGCCGUUGCCCGGCGGAACUCCAGGCUUCCUGAAACAGAAAUUUCAGAAGCCGGAUGCUGCCUGGGGGGAGCUGAGAACAGUGGGGUUGUGCCGUUCUCUUGAGGUUAGAGUGAGUGUGGUGGCAUAACAACUUUAUUUAGAUGAAGAACUUUUCUUGCUUGGAGUGCCCCUUUAAUUGUGUGCAAAAAUUGCAUCCGUCAUAAUCAGCUUCUACUCUUGCAGGCAGUAAUGAGAAUGUAGGAAUGUUGUAGUUUGUGUACAGGGUUGUGUGUUUGUAUAGGGGCUCUCGAAGGUGGUAUGUUUGUAUAGGGGUUGUUGUGUAUGCCUGUGUGUAUAGGGGUUAUACUGUGUGUAUGUAGAAGGGCAGUAGUGUAUGUUGUAUGUAGGGGAUGUAGAUGGUGUUUGUGUGUUAAAAGGGUGUUAUGUAUGUUUUUGUCUAUUGGAAGUACUGAGUCUAGAUGGUAUGUGUGCAUUUAGGGGCUGCACUGUGCAUGUAUGUGUAUAAGGGCUGUAGUGUGCGUAUCGAAAGGCAGUCAUGUGCAUACUUAUGUGCUGUAGAAUGUGUAUAUGUUAAUAUAGGCUGUAGUGUGUGUGGGGGGGGGCUCAGUGUGUUUGGAUAGAGGCUGUUUAGUGUGUGUAUAGGGUGCUUUAGUUUGUAUGUGCAGUGGCUGCUGUAUGUGUAGAGGUUGUACUGUGGUAUAGGGUAUUCUGGAUGCUGGGUACAUAAUAUAAAUAUAUAUGUGUGUGUAUAUAUAUAUAUAUAUAUAUAUAUAUAUACAUAUAAUAUUUCCAAAAUGAAAUAAUAAUAACAAAAGACAUGAUAACUCACGGCAACGCUCUCAUUAACCAGAGCUCGCAGGACUUGCUGCAUCAGUCGGAGGAGAAUUUAGCUGCUCUGCAUAUGUGUGUAAUCUCCCCAUUGGCUCAUGAAGAGACAUUGUUUCUUGUUUGGGACACACUCACUGUAUGGGCCAACCUGGGAUACCCUUUGCCAGGUUUGUUUAAUGGCCAGCCUGGGCCUGUAUGUGGAAGUGGAAGCAGGAUAUUGGGGUUAAUUUUGUGUCACAUUAUGCCCUUGUAGAGGUUUAGGUAUAUGGUAACCAGAGGCUGGGUGCUUUUAACCCCUUCACACCAAGUUUCUGUUUCUAUUAGCCCUACAAAUUGCAUAAGUGAAGCUACCCAUGACUAUUGCAUCAAUAAACCCCUAAUAUAAUGGGAACAACUGAAUUGACUGAGAAAUUUCAGUUAAUUCAUGUUCCCUGUAGAAGCUACAGAUUUGUAGUAAGCAAUGGGAAUUCAGAUACAUUAUAUUAAAGGGACUCUCCAGUGCCAGGAAAACAUAUCCAUUUUCCUGGCACUGCAGGACCCUGCAGAUCCCCUUUCCCUCCUACCCCCCAUACCAUGUUGCUGAAGGGGUUAAAACCCCUUCAGUGACUUACCUGAAUCUAGCGCCGAUGUUCCUCGGUGCUGGGUCAGGUUCUGUCCACACUCCGGGGAUACCUAAUGCGCAUGCGCGGCAAUGGCCCCACGCACGCACAUUACACCUCCCCAUAGGAAAACAUUAUUCAAUGCUUUCCUAUGGGGAUUCUGGCGAGGCUGGAGGUUCUCAUGCAUUGCGUGAGGAUGUCCAGCAUCGUUUAAAACACUUUUAGUGUUCUAAGAACACGGAAAGACUUAACCCUGCAAGGCAAUUAUUGCAGUUUAGAAAAACUGCAAUAAUAACGGUUGCAGGGUUAAGAGUGGUGGGAGUUGGCACCCAGACUACUCCAAUGGGCAGAAGUGGUCUGGGUGCCUGGAGUGUCCCUGUAACUUUGUUUAUUGAUUUAUUUAUUUUUAAUUUGUUAUUUUAGUGCAUUAUUUCCCUAAUGCAAUAAAAAGUGGACUUAAUACAUGAUUGAAAUGGCCCUUAAAAUGGUUGCUGACCACUUACUUAAAAUAUCUCUCAUUAUUAACUUUUUCUUUAACGCUGCCAAGAAGCCAGGGCCGGCGAAACUAUAAGGCCGCACAGAUGACCUCCUGGAGGGCACCGGCCCAGAGGGGGAGCAAUCCCCAUCCUGCCAGUCACACCAUAUAGCGCUGCCUAGCACACUGCACUGGAGGGUCUUCUGUAUCCUCUACCUAAUCUGACAGAAAGUGCUCACUAGGAGUGAUAAACAGCUUCCUGUCAGACCGGGUAGAGGAUACAGAAGAUCCUCUAACGCGGACCACUCGGCCAUGCUUCAUUGAGCAUGGUUAGUAGGCACAGAAUAAUGGAGGGGACGGGGGGUUGGAAUAGACACACAUAAAAGGGGAUGGGAAAAGAGACACACAGAGGGACUGGGAGAAGAAAGAGAAUACACAGGUGAGAUACACACAGAGGGGAUGGGUGAAAAAGAGACACAGAGACGGGCUGUGCAGAGAAAUACACACGAGGAGAAAGACACAGAGAGGAGAUAAGGGGAGAAAGACAAAGAGACAGACACACAGAGGGGCUUGGGGAAAAAGAGACAAAUAGGGGAUAGGGAGAAGAAAGAUACACACAAAGAGUAUGAGGAGAAACACACUGAGGGGCUGUUGGUUAGAAAGACACACAGAGGGACUGGGGGAAGAAAAACACGCAGAAGGAACUUGGGGGAAACACACAAAGGGGCUUGGAGGAAACACACAGAGGGGUUAGAAAGGAGUAAGAGACACACAUAGGGGCUUGAGGAGGAGACAGAGGCACACAAAGGAGCUGUGGAUGAGAAAUAUACAAACAUAAGGGCCUGGGUGGAGAAAGAAACACACAGACCGGCUGUAGAAGAGAAAAAGACACACAAAAGGGGCUGUAGGAGAGAAAGAGACACACAAAUGGGAUUGGGGGAGAAAGAGGUACACAGAGGGGCUGGAAAAGAAAGAGACCGAGGAGCAGGAGGGAGUGACACACAAGGAGGAUUCUGGAUGAAAGAGACUGUGUGUGUUUUUGUGAGGCAGUUUUUGCUCUCCAUAGGCAUAUAAAUUUGCAAAUUAUAAGCAGAAGUAUGUUUAACCCAGUUGCUAGGCUUACUACAUGGCAUUAAAUACCAAAAAUCUUUUCCUUCUGUCAGCACACACAAAUGGGAUUGGGGGAGAAAGAGGUACACAGAGGGGCUGGAAAAGAAAGAGACCGAGAAGCAGGAGGGAGUGACACACAAAGAGGAUUGAGGGGUGAAAGAGACACUCAGAGGGCUGGGGGAAAAGAGACACACAAAAGGGGCUUUGGGGAGUAAGAGACACACAGUGGGGCUGAGGAAGGGAAGAAUGUGUCGGGCUAUGGAAAAAAAAACAGACAAACAGAAGUGCUGGGGCAGAAGAAAGACACACAGAUGGUCUUGGGGGAAAUAAACACACAAAGGGACUUUGGGGGAGAAGGAGAAACAUAAAGGAGCUUGAGGAGAGCGAGGGGGAGACAGACAAAGGAGAUUGGAGAGAGAAAGAGACAUUCAGAGGGCUGGGGGAGAAACGGACACACAAAAGGGGCUUGGGGAGAAAGAGACCCACAGAGGGGGUGUGGACAGAAAGAGACACACAGAGGAUCUGGUGGGAAAAAAUACAUACAGAGAAGCUGGAGAAGGGUAAAAAGAUACUGGGGAGGGAGUAAGUAAGAGAUACACAAAGAGGGGUUGUAAUAGACAAACAAGAGGAGUGAGAAGAUACAGAAAGGGGACACAUGGGGGAUAAGAUACACUAAAGUGGGUAAGACAUUCAAAAGAGGGGAUAAAAACACAAGUGGGGGCAAUAAAUUGAAAAGGGGUGGUUAAGAGGAACACAGGUGAAGAUAAUUUUUUUUGCGGGGGAAAAAUGCAUCUUUGCCUGUGUAGCCAAAAGUUCUAGCACCAGCCCUGCAAGAAGGUGACCAACAAAUUAAACUGCACAUAACUAUAUACUACUAAAUUAAGUAAUAAUUGUUAUUUUAAAGUUUUCUUCAUCAUGACUCUCUUACUGCUUGUAAUUAUACACAUUCCGUUCUGGCAUUUAAAAUACCUGGUAAGUAUAGACAUUCAUAAUGCAGUAUGUGCUUCACAUUCCAAUUCCAAUGGAAUGAGAAUAAUUUGUUCAAUUUUAUCUGAUGUUAAAGAAUGCAAACCACAAUUGUAUUUUUUAUAUUUUAAGAUGUUAAAUAUUCAGUGAUCCUUUAAUAAUCACUGGACAAUGAUGAUUGGUCAAGAAAAUUGGGGUUAGAUUAUUUCAGCUUCCGAAUGUAUCAAGCUGCUCAAAAAUGCAUUUGACACAAACAAGGCAGCUAAUAUACAAAGACUCUUUUCACCAUAACUACUACAUAGAACAAUAUUGGUUAUGGUGUACAGAAUGGCUCUUCUAGUUACGUUAUCUAUCAAGUUGAAACUAAGUAACUGAUUUUUUUUUAUCUUUUGCCUUAGGAAGUAUGGUGCUAUAAUAAAAUACAAUUUUCCCGCUGUGUUAGCAUCAGUGUUGUAAUGAGGGUUAACCUGUUUGCAUAUGAUUAUGGAGGGGUUUGCAAGCUAAGCUCAGAGGAAGUAUUCAAAAUAUUAGUUUCUUAUGUUUCGAGAAGAAUAUUAAAGAGACACUAUAGGCAUCCAGACCAUACCGGCUCCUUAGAGUGGUCUGGGUGCAGUGUCCCUGUUCCCUUUAGUCCUGCAAUGUAAAACAUUGCAGUUUCAGAGAAAAUUCAAUGUGUACAUUGCAGAACUAAGACAUCCUCUAGGGGCUGUCAAUUAUACAGCCACUAGAAGCGCUUCCUGGAGUUUACUGGACUCUGUCACCUAACUGAUGCUGGACGUCCUCACGCUCUGAAUGACGACAUCCAGCGUCAGAGAAAUUCCCAUAGGAAAGCAUUGAAGCAAUGCUUUCCUGUGGCAAGGGCCUAAUGCACUCGCAGAGCAUGCACAUUAGGAUGACGUCAGAGGAGGUGGAACGCAAACCCAGCACUGAGAGAUAUCGUGCUGGAAUUGGGUAAGUAAAAAAAGGUUUACAUGCUGUGGGGGCGUGUAAAUAUUGGUUAUGGUGUGCAGAAUGGAUCUUCUAUUUACGUUAUCUAUUUACAACCAAAGGGCACUGUAGUGUAAAGAAUACAACUUUGCAUUCCUUACACUAGAGUCCCUUUAAGCAUACUUUUAUAUGUGUGUUUUUUUGUGAGGCAGUUUUUGCUCUCCAUAGGCAUAUAAAUAUGCAAAUUAUUAGCAGCCGCAAGUAUGUUUAACCAAGUUGCUAGGCUUACUACAUGGCAUUAAAUACCAAAAAUCUUUUCCUGCUGUCGGCACACCCUAACAUUAAAAGAGGUUUUUGCAUUUUUUGUAAAGAUCCUACAAUUUGAUAUGUCCACCAGUCUGUGGAGGUGGCCUAAAAGGGAGCAGAUAGGGAGAUAUACUUAAAGGAACGCUAUAGCUUUUGGAAUCCAAACAUGUAUUCUUAAUGCUAUAGUUUUACCUUAACAAUUUUGGGUUGUGUGUGUCCCAGUGAGGGUUCAAAAAGGGAGUUUUAUUUAUCUUUACUCCAUUGCUGUCCUGGUGUCACUGUGGUUUCUCCGCUUCCCUGACUGAGAUCAUUAAGAUCGAUAUUUCAGACAAUCCAAUGCUUCCCCAUAGGGUUCCCUGUAAACAUGUGCCACAAAUGCAGUGAAGUACCAAUUAAAUGCUCUCUAGCAGGGUUAAUCACUAAACACCAGGUUUUGUCAAGAUGGACAAAAUCCAGUGAAAAUUACCAAAUUACCAAAUUCUGAAAUAGUGAAAAUUCUCGUAUUUACUAAAGUCAGACAUGGUCAGAAUUCAGUCUGCCUGAGAGUAUCAGAAGCAAUCGUCCUGAUGCAAUCGGUGUUUGGAUUAAAUUCAGUUCUUUUAACUCUGAAGAUUUACAAAGUACCGGGUUUAAUAAAAAUCGGGACUGAACGCACAUGGCAGGAUGCACAUUCACAAACAGCUGCUUUUUAGAGUCUGUUUUUUAGGCAUAGAUUUUCCUCUAUCAGUGGCUUAGCCCAAGAGGAAAAGCUUUGCCUAAAAAGCAGACUCUGAGAAGCAGCUGUUAAGCUCUAUUUGUUCAUCGUUCCAGUGAGGACCUCACUAAAGAAUCCCAGGUGGUGAUUAUACCACCCAUGCCAUAUGUAUUGAGUGGUUUGCCUGCUCAAUUAAAUGUGAGUAAAAAUUCUUAUAUAUUACUACUGGUUCAGUUUACACAGAGAGCACUAUUGUCGUUGUUUUCUGUAAAAAGUGGUCUGUGUUUUCUCAGUUGAAUAAGUCUUUAUAUAUAUAUAUGUAUGUAUAUAUAUAUAUAUAUAUAUAUAUAUAUAUACACUGCUCAAAAAAAUAAAGGGAACACAAAAAUAACACAUCCUGGAUCUGAAUGAAUUAAAUAUUCUUCUGAAAUACUUUGUUCUUUACAUAGUUGAAUGUGCUGACAACAAAAUCACACAAAAAUUAAAAAAAUGGAAAUCAAAUUUUUCAACCCAUGGAGGUCUGCCGUUGGAGUCACACUCAAAAUUAAAGUGGAAAAACACACUACAGGCUGGACCAACUUUGAUGUAAUGUCCUUAAAAUAAGUCAAAAUGAGGCUCGGUGGUGUGUGGCCUCCAAGUGCCUGUAUGACCUCCCUACAAUGCCUGUGCCUGCUCCUGAUGAGGUGGCUGAUGGUCUCCUGAGGGAUCUCCUCCCAGACCUGGACUAAAGCAUCUGCCAACUCCUGGACAGUCUGUGGUGCAACGUGACGUUGGUGGAUGGAGCGAGACAUGAUGUCCCAGAUGUGCUCAAUUGGAUUCAGGGCUGGAGAACGGGCGGGCCAGUCCAUAGCAUCAUUGCCUUCAUCUUGAAGGAACUGCUGACACACUCCAGCCACAUGAGGUCUAGCAUUGUCUUGCAUUAGGAGGAUCCCAGGGCCAAACGCACCAGCAUAUGGUCUCACAAGGGGUCUGAGGAUCUCAUCUCGGUACCUAAUGGCAGUCAGGCUACCUCUGGCGAGCACAUGGAGGGCUGUGUGGCCCCCCAAAUAAAUGCCACCCCACACCAUUACUGACCCACUGCCAAACUGGUCAUGCUGGAGGAUGUUGCAGGCAGCGGAACGUUCUCCACGGCAUCUCCAGACUCUGUCACGUCUGUCACAUGUGCUCAAUGUGAACCUGCUUUCAUCUGUGAAGAGCACAGGGCGCCAGUGGCGAAUUUGCCAAUCUUGGUGUUCUCUGGCAAAUGCCAAACGUCCUGCACGGUGUUGGGCUGUAAGCACAACCCCCACCUGUGGACGUCGGGCCCUCAUACCACCCUCAUGAAGUCUGUUUCUGACCGUUUGAGCAGACACGUGCACAUUUGUGGCCUGCUGGAGGUCAUUUUGCAGGGCUCUGGCAGUGCUCCUCCUGUUCCUCCUUGCACAAAGGCGGAGGUAGCGUUCCUGCUGCAGGGUUGUUGCCCACCUACGGCCUCCUCCACAUCUCCUGAUGUACUGGCCUGUCUCCUGGUAGCGCCUCCAUGCUCUGGACACUACGCUGACAGACACAGCAAACCUACUUGCCACAGCUCGCAUUGAUGUGCCAUCCUGGAUGAGCUGCACUACCUGAGCCACUUGUGUGGGUUGUAGACUCCAUCUCAUGCUACCACUAGAGUGAAAGCACCGUCAGCAUUCAAAAGUAACCAAAACAUCAGCCAGGAAGCAUAGGAACUGAGAAGUGGUCUGUGGUCACCACCUGCAGAACCACUCCUUUAUUGGGGGUGUCUUGCUAAUUGCCUAUAAUUUCCACCUGUUGUCUAUGCCAUUUGCACAACAGCAUGUGAAAUUGAUUGUCACUCAGUGUUGCUUCCUAAGUGGACAGUUUGAUUUCACAAAAGUGUGAUUGACUUGGAGUUACAUUGUGUUGUUUAAGUGUUCCCUUUAUUUUUUUGAGCAGUGUGUAUGUAUAUAUGUAUAUGUGUAUAUAUAUAUAUAUAUAUAUAUAUAUAUAUAUAUAUAUCUUGUUUGGUUUAAGACCCACCAGAUAAUUAUACAUCUAUAUUAACCAAAAAGUACUAAUACGCAAUCUGACAUUCUUUAUAAAAAAUAUGCAUUUAUUCUACUUCAAAAGCAAACAACAAUAUACUUAAGAGAUAGUAUUUCUUCAUAAUGUUAUAUAGAUUGAGAGAUCUUUUUAAGUAGUCGUCUUUGGAUCAGCAAGUCAGGGACACACCAGGAAAGGAGAGCGGAUCGUAGGAGAAAGAAAACGUGGUCCUUUAUAGGCUAAUUUACGACAUAACUUUUAAUUUAGACUCUGGCCAUAUAAUGAAACUCCCCAUAUAAGGACCCUGCCCCCAAUCUCCCUAUACAGCACAUUCCAGAGUCCUCAUGGUACAGAAUAGCAAACACCAUCUGUUCUUUUUAACCCAUUAGACAUCCACACCUUCAUAUGUAUUUUAAUAGGAUCAUAUAGAAUAUGUAAUAUAAUAAAUUUUCCAUUUUUUUCUGGGUAGUAUGGUCCCCAUACUGCUGUGAUAUCAGCUGACUAGAUCUUCACACGUAUCCUAUAAAUGGGGAUUAUACCACUGCACGCCAUUCAUACUCGAGCUUGUUCUAGUGCUAGAAAACGUAAAUAGGACAAUAUAUAAUUGUUAUAUAUAUAUUGUUAUAUAUAUAUUGUUGUGACAUACUAUUGGGGUUUUGUCUGGGGUUUUUUUUGUAUAUUUAUACGGAUCCCAAACAUUUCUUGAUCUGUGUUGUGGAUCCAAAUAUUGAUCUUUGUUGUAUUCAGAGGAAGACCAAAUUAUUAUUACAAGUGCACUUGGAGAAGCGAGAAUUAGACACCAGACACCUGUUGGUAUUCAAAAUAAGCCUCUGCCAUAUUAUUCAUCAGCUGGGUUUUAUACAUUAAAAAGUAAGUGCUUACGUGCAAAUACUCUUAGAACAGUAAUAGAAAUGUAAGUACAGAUAAGACAUAGGGAUGAACGUCAUGUACACAUAACAAAUAAGUUCCAAAGUAAGAAAAAAAAAAAGAUUAGAGAAGAGACAUAUCAGGUGGGGGCUCUCUGCUCCCGGAACUAGACAUAUAUGGUCUUAAGUGUUGUGUUAACCAUCAAGCAUUUCCUGAGUCCAAGUUAGCCAAUUUUAAUAUAGGAUAUCAUUACAUGACACCUGUAAGCUUGAGCCUUGGAAUCAAGAUAAAUUCUGGCACCUCCAUGGAGAAGAGAUUUCUCUACAAGAUUUGGCUGUUCCCCAUGCAAGUUUGCACAUUUAUUUAGACAUUUUAUUGGUUAUUUUUAGCUUUUUCACUAUUGGUUUUUAUUCUUCUGUAUUGUUCUCUCAUUGGGAAUAUAUUUUAUUACAAUUUUACUGGUGCAACCUUCCUCUCCUUUUCUUGUAUUGUGCUAUUUUUUUUUUUCAGCGGGGGGGACGACUUGUGAGGAAGCCCCAUUUUUUAGGUGUGCUGCCUUUUCCUUAUAUUUGUUUUGGUUGAAUAGCACUUAAAGGGACACUCCAGGCACCCAGACCACUUCUGCCCAUUGGAGUGGUCUGGGUGCCAACUCCCACUACCCUUAACCCUGCAAGUGUAAUUAUUGCAGUUUUCAUAACUCUACUAGACAGCCACUAGAGGGCACUUCCUGGUCCAUAGCACAGGUUUUUGUGCUAUAGCAUCGCUGGAUGUCCUCACGCUAUGUGAGGACCUCCAGCGUUGCUAAAAUACCCGUAGGAAAGCAUUGAAAAGCAUUUUCAAUGCUUUCCUAUGGAGAGGUCUAAUGCGCGUGCGCAGCAUUGCUGCGCAUGCGCAUUAGGUCUCCCCAGCCGGCCGGCAGGAUCAGAAGGGGAGAAGCGGCGGCGGACCAAGAAGCAGCGACAAGGGAUAUCGUUGCUGCCUUUGGUAAGUGACUGAAGGGGUUUUCAGCAACCGGGGAUGGGAGGUGGGAAGGAGAGGGGACCUGCAGUGCAGGAAAACUGAUUGUUUUCCUGGCACUGGAGAGUCCCUUUAAUGUUUGUUUUUUGUUUUUUUUAGAGGUGUGCUUAGCCCUGCAAAGGAAAAAUUGCAGUUUCCAAUCCAAAGGUGCUAUGUUUUACAUUGCAGGGUUAAAACUAAAAGCCAACUGAACCCUUGAAGUGGUCUGGAUGCAUUUAUUGGUCCUUUAACUGAAUGCAGUCCUGGAAUGACCAUAAUGCAAAUAGGGCGAAUGACCGUAGGACAGAUGGGCAGCGAUCGAGCCUGACAUGGGAGAAGAAAGGAUCUCUACUGCCGACCCAUGUAAGGCCGGCACUAUUCAAACGCAGAUAGCUGUAUGACUCUACUAACAGCCAUUAGAGAUUCCGAUACAUUCUAUUGUAUCAAUCUCAUCGGGACAUGUUCUGACUACUGUGUAUCCUUUACCUAGGCACACAGUCUUUUUCAGCUAUCUCUCUGGGGUGUAUUUUUUAACCCCAGAGUUUUAUCUCCAUAAACAUAAAGGGAAUCAACACAGUAAAGGAGGAGACUAUAUUUAAAAGAAGAAAAACUACCAGAACAAGAGGACAUAGUCUUAAAUUAGAGGGACAAAGGUUUAAAAAUAAUAUCAGUAGGUAUUACUUUACUGAGAGGGUAGUGGAUGCAUGGAAUAGCCUUCCAGCUGAAGUGGUAGAGGUUAACAGAGUAAAGGAGUUUAAGCAUGCGUGGGAUAGGCAUAAGGCUAUCCUAACUAUAAGAUAAGGCCAGGGACUAAUGAAAGUAUUUAGAAAAUUGGGCAGACUAGAUGGGCCGAAUGGUUCUUAUCUGCCGUCACAUUCUAUGUUUCUAUGUUUCACUCCACCUGAAUUUAUUCGUUGUUUUCCUCCCCUAUCCUACAGUAUACUACCCUCACUCUUACCUACCUAGUUUAUUCUAGCACACUACCACACUAUACCACUUAUUGUGUGGUAAUUGUACUUUAUGUUUGUUCAUUGUUUUUGAGUACAUAAUAUAGUUUCUUAGAGAUUUUUAACUUAUAUUUAUUUUUAUUUUUUGCUACUAUAUUAAAACAGAUUCUCUCUUUUUGUGUUAUUAAUCUCCCUAGGGUUAUCCCCUUAUCUGUUCUCAUCUCAUUAUUUGUAUAUUAUUGAUCGGCCAUCUACUCUAAUUACUUAUCCAAACGUAUACUCCAAUCCAUACUCAAAUGAUUAGAUAAUAAGCCAUGGCACCUGAAUCAAGAUAAUUUCACCACAAUAUCAUUUAACCACUACAACAAACAUGGGAAUGUGCAUGUUAAGGAGUCUAAUAUUUUUUAGCUGUUUGCAUAUUUUUUUUGGUACCAGUAAGUCAAUUUUUCUGCAUGCUAAAAGGGCAGAAAUGUACUUAGGUUAUUAUCUGUCCUAUGCCUAGCCAUGUCAAUGCAUCUUAAAGCGACACUAUAGUCACCAGAAAAACUACAGCUUAAUGUAUUUGUUUGGGUGAGUAUAAUUAUUACCUUCUAGCAUUUUCAUGCAAACACUGCCUUUUCAGAGAAACGGCAGUGUUCACAUUGCCUGCUAGGGACACCUCCAGUGGCCACUUCUUAAAUGGCUACUAGAGGUGCAUCCUGGGGCAGUUCUGCACAGUGUGCAGCACUGCCGUUCGGCAUUUCCACGCUCCGCAUGGAGACGUUCAAUUUUCUUCAGAGAGAUACAUUGAUUUAAUGCAUUUCUAUGAGGAGGUGCUGAUUGGCCAAGCCGCCGUUUGGCCCCGCUCUUCAUUUUUCAUUUCCCAAUGUGAAAGCAUUGGAUUGGCUAAAAAGGAGGCGGAUCGGCGGCGCUGGAGAUAUGGUAAGUUUUAUUACCUUUUAAGGAGGUAAACAGGGGACAAGAUCUCUUUGUAUUCUGUUCCAAAUCAUCUACAAUGUUUGUAUGUUGUUGAUGUUGGCCAGUACCAUGGUAUUCUAUAUAUGUAGUCCAAAGAUAUAUCUUUUUGGCAUCCCUGAUGUAUUAGUAUUAUCUUAUAUGUUUAUAUCAAACACAGUUUGUUUACAUGUUUUCACUGUUAGGGAUGAUGUUUACAAUGAUGGCAUACACCAGCAGUUUUCAAUACAGUCCUCAGGGCUCACCAACAAUCCUGCAUUUAGGAAUUUCCCAAUUCUGUUACAAUGCAGAUACUGACAAAACCUGGACUUGCCUUGAUGUCAGAAUCCACAUGUCUACAAUUUAAAAAGUAAAAUAGUGCUGUAAUUCCUAGUGUUGUAUAAUGUUAUUAACUUUGUUAAACUGUACAUAAAUAAUACUUUUAAAAUAUCUGUAUAUUGCACUUGCAGAAAUUUUAUCAAAUCUGUAUAUCACUAGAACACUAGUUAGUUGUUGGCUUAGAAUUUUAUGACAAGUGUCACCAAUAGCACUGUUCACUGCUGUAAUUCACCAUUCCUCAUUGUAGUAAGUUAUUUAGUUAUGUUAGAUAGGCAUAGUUUUUCAUUGAGUUCUAUAUGUGUUUGCAGAUAAGCAUUACAUUCACAUACACGAUUCUCUGGAAUAAACAAAAAUGUGUUAAACAAGACCAAAAUAAACUGAAAAUAUGGAGUUUUUUUCUAAAAUGCCCAUUAUUGGUCUAAAAUGUUCUGAUUUCUGGCAAUAUGAAUAGGCAUGUAUGUGUUUUUCUGGGUAGCACGCCUAUUGUAAAAACAUCUAAGUAAACACACGGUGGUUUAUCUGUUAAUUUGGGAUCUGUGGAGACAAAUUAUUGUCUGAAAUAGGCAAUUUAGAAAAAAUCUAAGUUGGAGAAUGUUGCAGUCCUGCUAGUCUUUUGUUGAAAUUGCAAUUUCCCAGUGAAUUUUAAACAAUUUCCACGUUUAGUGCACGACCUCCAAAUGCUCUGUGUUAUUCACAGAUUUUAAUUGAGAACAAAAAUAAUGUAGAAAAAAAUUAGCAAAAUAAAAAUAAAUUGUUCUCAUAAUUACUUUUUUUUCUUUUUCUUUACAGUGACAUCAUGCUCAUAUGACCGCAACAUCAUUGGUAUAGCCGUUGGUGUAACAGUACUAGUCAUUAUUAUUAUUAUUUUAAUUAUCUAUCUGAUCUGGCAUAAGAAGAAAUCCUCUGGAUAUGAAAGAAUCUAGCCAGCCAAAGACACAAUUUUCAAGUUAAACAAUGCACAGUUUCACAUAGAAAAUUUAGCAUACAACUCAAAAGUGUCCUCAUUUAAUAACUUAGUAAGGAAACCAUGCAAAUGGAAAGAAAUGUAGAUUUCUCAAUAUUUAAAUGUUUAAGGAAAUGAAACUAAUCCUUUUAAAGAUAACUUUAAAAACAUUUAACACUUUCUGCACUAAACCAGGCAAAUAUUGAAUAAACUGGGUAACUAAAAAUGCAUACUGUAUUUGAACAAUAUAAUAAUUUCUUCAGUUUUGAAAACUUGAAUGCAUAAACAUACAAACAUUUAAUUUUCUUUUCUUUUUUCUCAGAAAAGUUGCCAGUAAUAUUAAAAAAGGGAAUUUCACAAUGUGUAUAAAAUUUAGCAGAAUAUGCAUAUAAUCCUGCAAAUGCUAAAUAGGAGAAUCUGGUUCAUAAGUAUUAAAUAAUCACAAACCAGUAAUAUUAUCCGCAUUAAGAGACAGAUUAUGUGCUUUAAAGUACUAUGGUGCUGGUCCCUGUGUUUGGCUUGGUCUAUGGCAAAAAAAAAGAAGAAUGGUAAAACCAAUAGAGCAAACUGCAUAAAAUGUUUAAAAACUGAGAAUUUAUUAAAGCCAGUAACACAUUAUUGUGUAUUAAAGCAAUGCAAUGUAGUACUCGGGGGGUCUUAAAAUAAUAUAUUAAAGCAAUGCAAUGGAGUACUCGGGGGCCUUAAAAUAAUAUAUUAAAGCAAUGCAAUGUAGUACUCAGGGGGUCUUAAAAUAAUAUAAUAAAACAAUGCAAUGUAGUACUCAGGGGUCUUUUGUUUUUUUUCUGUAAGAGCUUUAACUUGCACUCAGUAGGGUUGGCACACACCUUGUUGGUCCUAUCAUGGUUCUGUAGUAUCUUUCUUUCAAUUUAAAACAUGCAUUUUAUUGUGGACAAGGGAAGUGGUCAUGACUAAAUAGUAGCUUUUGAAAAAAAUCUAUAUAGCCCACACCCAUUCCAUCUGCUAUUUGCCAGUAACAUCUCUCAUAUCAGAGUAAGUGUCCAGGUGUAAAUACAAUCCUAACAAACAAUUGGCCAUGCUCUUACAAAAUGGACCCCACAGUACCCCCAUUGCUCACAGUGAAAUCAGAGCUAGCUCAAUACAAGGCAAAUUAUCAAACACAUCUCCAAAUUGCAAAUCAGCAGCACAUAUAAACCAUGGAGCCUCAAGAGUGUUUUGAUGAGUUAACAGCCAGUCAAGGAAUGUUAUGCCUAAAUAUCAGAGUUUUGAAACAGAACUUUUCGGCUCAAUUGUGCUGUUGACGUUUUUCUAGUUUGGCUAUUGUGGUGUAAAUUUUGAUAUUUGCUUGUCGACUAACCACUAUUUAUUGUCUACAAAAUGAAAAUAUUUAAGAUUAAAUCCAUCUAUAAACAGUACAUCACAGUAAUGAAUACCACUUAACUGUCCCUAUUUAGGAGGGUGAGCCCCUAUUUUAUGCCCAAAUCCCUCUGUCUCUCUUUUCUAAACUAAUGUCCUCAUUUUCAAGGAGCUCCAUAUUUUAAUGUGUCUAAGUGUGUAAAAGCACCACGGCAAUAAUAUUCCCAGUAUUAUGUAUUGCAGUCUUUAAACUACAAGAAACGUGUUUAGGAAUCAGUCUGUGUAAAAAUAUAAAUUGUUCUUAUUCUAAAUUACAUUUUAUUUGCAUCAAUUAUUAUUAGCAGGUCACCUAAAAUUUUGCAGUAUGCCCGUUUAAGUUUUCCUUGUUUAUGUGCCAAAAUAAUAGAUCUGUAAAUAUAAUCCACUGGAUCAAACAUUAAACAUCUAUUUGCAGCUUUAUUUUUCACAGCUUCCAUUAUACUGAUUUGUAAAGUUCAGUUUUACAGCUAAGUGUACUCUAAAAUAUAUCAUUCUGUGUGGUAUCUGCUGAAAUAUGAACUAUCCUGUUUUUAUGUGCAGAUUAUUCAAUUGAUUCUACAUUUAUGCCAGAAAAAUCAACAUAUAGCACUUUAAUGGCAAAAGAAGUCUUUUAGGGUGAAGACCCUCCAGUUUUUGCCAGGCCAGUUUAAAGCAAUGGGAUAAAAAUCGAGGCUUUCCGCAAUGAUAGAAUGUGGAGACAAGGGGUUUCUUAUGAAAAUUGUCCAAAUUUGGAUGGAACUGUACAGAUAAUGUAAACAAAAACUCAUGCCAGACGGACUUGCCCCUUUUUCGACCAGAUCCACUACUUGGGUGUCACUCAGAUUGACUUACCCCUUUUACGAUUACUUUGGGUGACUUGCCCUUUUUUGAUUACUUUCGAUUCGACUACUUUGGGUGUCACUCAACUGUGCCAUUGUGAUGGCGCCCCGAUACAAAUUCUGGACCUCCCAAACUUGGUAGAUAUGGCAGGUUAUUUCUCCUUCACCCUAUUGCACAAAGGAUGAGGAUGAGAGUAGUCUAAGGUCUAAGGAAGGUGUAAGCAACCUUCUUUACUCCAGAGGUUAUGGACUACAUCUCUCUUGAUGCUUUGCCAGCAUUAUGGUUGUGAGAGCAUUAUGGGAAAUGUAGUACAAAACAUCUAAGUGAGUAGUCUAUUUAUAUUCAUUAAGGGAUGCAGCCCUUCCAGAUAAUUAGCAUGCAUUAAAACUAAUAACUACUUAUCACUGAAACAUAUACUAAAGAAAGCAGUGGUUUCACACCUUAUGUUAGGAAUCACAGUUUGAUAUAACCGAUAGAUGAACAAAGUUGUCAUUUCAGUUUCCCAUUAUAUAUUUGAAAAUGGAAAACACCAAAUAUCAACAUGAAUGUCUCUAAAUAAAAACAAUAUAGUUCAUAUACUUAAAUCUGAAAUCGUCAGAGGGGUGGGGUUAGUGUCAAAAAGGUAUGUUUAAACUUUUUAAAAUGUAAGAAUAAAUAUUAGCUUCAAGAAAAGUUAGAUAAACCAUUUAUAUGAAAAUAUAUCAGUUUCUAAACUUGGGUUUCACUUUUCUCUGACUAUUAGUUGAAAAAAAGAAAUCAAAUUAAAAAUCUGGUGCUUUUUAAUAUUUGAUCAGUUGUUUUACCAUCUGUUGUUUUAUUGUUAAUAGGCUUUUGAUUUUCUUUCUGUAUGAGUUUGUGAAAUAUAGAUGUGACUAUAAAGUGUGACUAAAAUCAUGUGGUAUGAUUACAGGAGUCCUGAUAUCAGCAUGGGUUUUCAUCAUAUGCCAGUAAACCAGCUUACAUUUUUAUUUAGAAUAAUGAUUGUUUACAACAGUUCAGGAUGAAGCCUCAGUGUAACAGGGGUCACAGAUCGUAGAAAAAGAGCCGAGCACAUGACAAAAGUUACAAUUUCACUUCUAAUUUUGACUUGGAGAUUUCUGACUCUGUGUAAUAAUUUGGGGCGUGCAAAGACUGUUAAAAUACUGUAUUCAUUGUUUGUAUUUUUUUAAAUAAAUACACCUGUUGUGAAGGAUUGAAG